ACUAAAGAAUGCCUUCAUUCUGUCUGGUGAGGGAAGAGAUUUCUUAAGUGAUCUGAAAGUUGUGUUAUCUCAGGAGUACGAGGUCCACUUCUAUGAGGGAAAUCUCGGGGGGAAGCUGAGUAAUAAUUUGGAAGCUGUUACCUGCCUGGCUUUAAUCUAAAGUUACUCAAAUCCCACAAUAGCAGCCACUGUUAAAUGUUAUGAAUGCAGGUGAAGAAAUGGAGUUUUAUCCAGUGGUAGUCAUACUCAGGAGGGAAACACUUCCAUUUCCACAAGGCAAGAAAACAGAAUUUCACUGAUACAUCUACCCACUGCAGCACCACAUGUCCAGAAGUGACUGGUGUGGUAUGGAGAGGUGCUGAGUAAUCACUCUCCCAACACUGGUAUCACUGCAGCUUACAUUAAAUGGUGCAGGGGUAGGGCAGGAUAGCAGCAAUAGCUACUGCCCCUGUCCAGCCCUGAUCUCAUUGCCACUGUGCCCUGACCUAUUAUCAUCCAGGUGAACUGCAACAAUGCUGGUUGUGUCCCUUGAAAAACUGAAAAACGGGUGUUUGGUCUUGCAUGAAAAGAACCAUUAGCCAUGGAAGAAAUGCAUAAUGGGUGGUGAUGGUUGUUUAUACAGAUUGUAUAGGCAUGGUGGUACUAAUUUUCACAAUCUUUUGAAACCUAUUUGGGCUUAUCUAUUUCAUAUUUACUGGAUAUUUAUUUCAUAUAUACUGGAUACUUUAUUUGAGAAUAGGGAAGGGUCAUAGUUCAUUGGUGAAGCACCUGCCUUGCAUGUUAGCAGGCCCCGGGUUGAUUCCUCAGCAUCUCCAGAUAGGCCCGGGUAAGUCUUUUGUCUGAAACCGUAGAGCAGCUUUCCACAACCUCUUAAGUGCUAUAUUUUGCUGGACUACAACUCCCAUCAUCCUUGACUAUUGACCAUGCUGGGUAGGGCUGAUGGAAGUUGGAGUCUAAAACAUCUUGAGGUUACCAGGUUGAGAAAAGCCAAAGAGCUGCUGCCAAUCACUGUAUACUAUUAUAAAUGGACAAAUAAUCUGAUUCUGUAUAAGGCAGCUUCCAUACACUCAAUACUGCCAUAUCUUAAUUUGAAUUAAAACUUUGUAUGACUGCUCCAAUGUGAGAUUUAGUUUAGCUUUGCUUUUUGUCUCACAUGUGAAGCAGUCUUGUAACAUGCUUAAGACACAUUUUAAUCCUCAUUUGAACUUCUCAUUUGAACUUGGCCCACAUUGUUCGUGAUGCAUCUUUCACAGAAUCUGGGUUGCAUUUGGAUGUAUAUUGUGAAAUGUGGGGUGAGUUUUAUAAAAUGCACUUUGAAAUCAUCUUUUAAUUUCAUAGAUAAGUACAACCAUGUGAUCAGAUUUCCUUGAGGAAAUGUCAGUUCUUGGAAAAUGAGAAUUACACUCUAAAUUAUCUGCCAAGCUUGAUAGAUCUCUCACCAAAUAUUUCCUCCCUAAAUACUACUGAGCCCUCUAAAGCAUGGGCAGAGAUUUAGGACCAAGUACAGGGGAAUAUUCUGCAGCCCCAAUGAGGUAAGUCGAUCCUGUAUCACAAUUUACUCCUUUUCUCUGGAAAUACAGUAGGAAGGCCUUCCAGUAAAAAAAAAGUUUUGACACUUGAUUUAAGCACGUCACAUAAAUGAUGAAUGAGUGGCAGAUGCCUGAAACAGGAAAAAGAAAGUGAUUUGUGGAAAGCCUCAGAGAUCCUACAUUAGACUCCCUUUCUUUCUUUACUACUGAUUCCAAAGUCAUUAUAACUGGAUGCCUUGUUGUAUUGUAGAACACAUUCAGGAGCACAGAAUAUGUGGAGAAUGUUUAACAUCUAUGGUGUAAUAUGAAGCAGAACUUUAAGGCCAUAGACUCGGCCAGUUGGUUGUUGCAAAAAGGGCAAAAAGGGCAGUGAGCUGUGAACGUAUGGAUCAAAUUACAGUGGCUCAAAUUGCUUAGGAAUCUUUAUGAUGAACUGCUGUUAAUUAAAUUGAGAGUCAAAGAAUGACAGUAUAGCUCUUCUGAUUACUCUCUGUUGAUAAGAGAGAUGAAUCAGGGAAGAAGUGAAUCAGGGCUAAUUGGAGACUAAUUCAAGUUAUUAUUUAAAGUACUGGCAAGCAUGUAAAUUGUCAGUGUUUGAGAAGCUAUUCUGAGGAGAAAAUGACAGAUGGCAAUAGGAGUUGGGAUGAGCCAUAGUGGCCAUGGUGUAUUAGAGACCUCGGGAAACCCUAGAUCCAUUAGAUAUGUGUGUAAGGCAAACACUGACAAAAGAAAGAAGGAAUAUACCUCAUGGAUCCCAAGAAGGGUAGCUUCUUUUUUAAAAAAAUAUACAAUAUGCACAAAGCAUGAAAUAUUUCAAAUGCUAUCAGGCUUUAUAUCUACCCCUUUCUCCCUGCCACACCCAUUCAGGUGUGGAAGUAGGUUUUCCUGAUUAAUGCUGCUUCAAGGCUGCACAACUCCAAGUGAGUGACACAGGUUAAAUCUCCAAAGUGAUCCAUGCCCUAUCUCAUAAGUCACAAAGCACUGCAUGAAAGUCCCACCUGACAGUGCCUCGGGGACUCACCAUCUCUUCCCUUUACCACACACACAUACUAUGUGACCAAAACCUAUUGACCUAGUUAUAUACAUCACCCACCACUAACUGCACCUACCCAACACUAAAAUGUGGAAUGGGGGGAGGGGGUUCCUGCCUUCCAGCCAGUUGUUGCAGGAAACAAAAUGGGGAUGGAGCAUUGCAAACAAGUGGAAAAAGAAAGGAACAGAGAGGGAACUUUUAUGUCUAUAAAUGCAAGGAGGUGUUGGUGGAGAAAUGGGCUUAAAUGUCAGUUGCAUCAACAUGAAUGAGCACAUCUACAUACCACUUUGUCUGCCCACCUCCUGCAUUCUUGGCUUUUUCUACAAAAGCGACAUCAGCUAACCACUGCAGCACAGGCUUUAAAGUCGCAAAUUGGGAACAAAACUUUGCAAGAUCUUCAUUAUUUAUUGGUGGAAUUGUUCAGCCGAUGAACUGCGCUGUCACAGAAGCUCUGUAACAAAAUAUUUUACACACACAAGCACAGUAGUGUCGUGUUCCUGGUUCAGAGGCAGCUGGGAAACUCUAGGGAAUGCAUCCAAGCAUUAGGUUUUGCCUUUUGUACUCCUUUGGCAAUUUCCUGUGCUAUGAAAGUAUCUGGGGGUUGCUGUCUAUCUAAUCACUCUUGCUUUUGUCUUGGUUUGCUUGCCACCGUGAUGUUACAGCAAAAUAAAAUGAUUGUGGAGUCUUUCAUGUCUCUCCCUCCUGCAGGUCCCGCAUCUGUAAAGGUCAGCGUUCCACUGGAUUUUCACUUACCUCCAAAAAUAGGAUGGAUUCAUCAUAACUGUAGCUGUCCAGGCAUUCAAAGUCCUUUAACAAUACAAGCUCCCCUCCCCAACCCCAUAUAAAUGUUUUAUAGAUCUAUAGCAGUAUUAGUUUUCUCAGUUUCAGGUGAGGUUUUUUCCUUUGUUUCUUUCUGUCAAGACAACGGGUAUAACUUUUUUUUUUUUUAGCUAUGCAGGUUGAAAUUCCCCUCACAGUAUUCAAUCCUAAUGUACCAUUUCUUUCUCCUGCAGUAAGCUCUGAAAGAAAAGGAAGGGGAGGGGAUUAAAGCUUUUCAAAGUACUUUUUCACGAAUGGAGGAAAGUUUGGAUUGGCACCUGUGAAAUCACUAACAUUAAAGAUAAGUUCUCCCCCCUCCCCCCCAAAAAAAAUCGGGGCAGAGGCUAUUGAUUGUAUAUCAUCUUCCAGUCAUGGAAAAAGUUUUCAACUUAAAAUAAAAUACUGCAUUUCUGUGUUAAAUAUAAUAAAAUAUACCUAUAUUUGGCACUGAGGGGUGAGUCAUGCUUUCGUGCAUGCCUGCUUUCCCAACUGUAAGUCAGACACCAAGGCCACCAUUUUAAUGCAGGCAGCAACCAUUUUGUGCAGGGCUUCUGUUCCCAGCCCCCAUUCAUGUCAGCAGUGUAUAAGUGCACCCCACCCCGUUAUGCCCCACCCCGUUUACCCCCGUUCCAACUUCUUCUGGGUCCAAAAGGACCCAUGUGCUGGUGAUAAUUGCCUGUAUUAUGUCUUCUUUUCUCCCAUUCAUGUUGUGUCAUGGACUGAUAACAGUUAGUUAACAUUAUCAGCCUCUUCCCUUUUUUAAGUCUCUGUCCAUUCUACAAUCUUUCUUCUCUGAGGCAGGUCUGUCCACCAUCCUAUAUACUCUAAAAUAUUAUCUGAAUGCACUAUAUGUGGGGGUACUACUGAAGAUUAUAUUGCAGUGAUGCAGUAUUCUUCAUCUUGUUCCCAUCUCCAGGCAGGUUGCUCAUAUAACAUACCUACAUCUUUAAUUCGGCUAAAUUGGCUGCCAUAGGUUUCUGAGCCCAGUUUCUUCAAGGGAGUGCUUUAUUCCAUAUUGCUCCUUUGCACUUUAAGAUCUGUAGGGGAGACGCUGUGCUGUAUUCCACCAUUAAAUUUGUGAAGGUGAGGAGAAGCACGACUUAGUGGUGGCACCCACCUUGGACAACUUGUUUCAAAGAAUAACAUCUCAGUCUUACUGACCAACUUUGGGCAGCAAAUAACAGCUUUCUUUAAUAUGGGCUAGGAGUGAGCCUGGAAUUAGAACUUGUGUUGCUUACUUUUUGAUAGAUUUUAAGGAUAUAUUUUAUUUUAGCCAUUUUAUUGUGGUUUUGACAUUUCAAGUGUUAGUUUUAAAGGAGCUUUAACUGCGGUAGAAGAAUGAACAUACCAAAUAAACCUGGGGUGGAGAUUAAGUUUUGACCUACAGGCCAACCUUCCAGGGGCUCCAUUGUCAUGGUGCACAACAAGUGUGUGAUCUUUCUUAAUUUGAUGUAUUUUCCGUGCAUUUUAUGUAUGUUACGUUCAUACCUAAAUGGCCUUGGCCCAGUAUACCUGAAGGAGCGUCUCCACCCCCAUCAUUCAGCCCUGACACAGAGAUCUAGCACUGAGGGCCUUCUGGUGGUUCCCUCAAAGCAUGAAGUGAAGCUACAGGAACCAGGCAGAGGGCCUUCUUGGUAGUGGCACCCACCCUGUGGAACGCCCUCCCAUCAGAUGUCAAGGAAAUAAACAACUAUCUGACUUUUAGAAGACAUCUGAAGGCAGCCCUGUUUAGGGAAGUUUUUUAUGUUUGAUGCUUUAGCGCUUUUCAUUAUUAUUAAUAUUUGGUUGGGAGCCGCCCAGAGUGGCUGGGGAAACCCAGCCAGAUGGGCAGGGUAUAAAUUAUAUUUGUUUGUUUGUUUGUUUGCUUAUAUCAAUAUCCCAUUAGAAUUGUGUGAACUAUACAGAUUUUUUUAGUCUAACACAGGCAUAGGCAAACUUGGCGCUCCAAAUGAUUUGGGACUACAACUCCCAUCAUCCCUAGCUAACAGGACCAGUGGUCAGGGAUGGUGGGAGUUGUAGUCCCAAAACAUCUGGAGGGCCGAGUUUGGCUAUGCCUGGUCUAACACUAGGAAAACUGCAGAGAAUUAUAGGGCAGGUUGAAAUGAUUAACAGGUGACAUCAAAUGAUGUCACAUGGUUGGAGAUUGGGUGGAGCUUGCUAGAAAUGGACUUGUGGCCAUUUUGGAGGGAAUUGGUGAGCCAAAUUAGGUCCAUAGGCUGGAGUUCCCCCACUGAUGAAAUAAGCAAUAAAUGUGAGAAUACUGGCACCCCUAUUUCACCCACUGGUAAUAUAAUAUAUAAGAAAUAACUACCCUGUAGAUCUUAUCCAAAUCCAUAACCCUGUGGUAUAGGACUUAAUUUCAAGGACAGGAAUGUGAGCAAAUUCCUUUAAUAGCAAUUCAGUUAAGGCAUGAGCGAUUCUCUAAUUUGCUGCUGCUUCUUCCUUAGGUAGUUGUUUCUGUGAAAAUAUGUCUAAUCCAUUUCAUACACACAAGCACUAGUUGAUACAUUAGUUGUGCCUAUGGUAGAUACUGGCUUCUUUACAGAAUUACCGAAAUCAGUAUUCCUGCCACUUACUUUUGCUUGCAGCUUAGUUCAAGCAAUUCCUUUUGAGUCAGUUAUGACCCAUACUGGUCCUUACCAAGCUUAAAAGAUGAAUUAGCAAUUUACGUAAAUAGCAGGGAUAUUUAAUUACAAUCUUUGUAGCUGUCAAAUUUUAGACGGCAUAUGUUCAAGGACUUAUAAGUAAAUAAUUAUUAAAGACGGGGAUAAAUUGCUACCAAGAAAUGUGUGUAUACCUAAUCUUCUUUAUUGGUAGUGCUUCUAUCUCUACCUGAAGCAUAUGCAAGUAUGGACCAUCCUUUGUGUAAAUAUGAAACAACGGAUGUACCUAGCAGUUAACAUAAUAAAAGAGACAGAACCAUGGGGUGUUGGAAGUAACCUUGUCGGCAUCGAGCCCAAUUCCCCUGCUUGAUUCAAAUAAUUCAGACUAGAGCACAGAUGGCUGUCUAGCCUCUGCCUGAAUACCUCCAACAUGGAACUGACCACCGUCCUUCAAGGAAAUUGGUUCCAUGUCAAAUGGGUCGCCUAAUAUUCAGUCAACAGCUACCCCCUUGUAACAAGUUAGUUCUUUCCAAAACUAAAUGCCAUGGAAUGAGAGAAAUUAAUGAGGACUUGCUGGAAUGUGGAAGAAAGUGUGUGUGUGUGUGUGUGUGUGUGUGUGUGUGUAAGGGGGAACAUAAAUCUGGUGUGCUGCUAAAGUUGGAGAUAACUCAGUUAAGAACAAUAUUCAGUAAAAUAUAUUGGCCCAAACUAUGCAGAAGUUUGUUGUGAUAAAGUUCUACUGAAAGCAAUGAGACUUAAUUGAGUUAUGAGCAGUGCUUUUUUCUGGGGGUACGCAGGGGUACACAUACCGCUAAACAUUUUGUGAAUUUUUGUACUUUUGUCCAUUUACUGUAUUUAUUUUCCCCGAUUUGAACUAUAAAAUGGUGGUUUUCUUGAGUCAAAAUGAGAGUACCCCUAAAUAUUUAUCUUUAGAAAAAAGCACUGGUUAUGAGUAACCUGUUUUAUUAGUUUCAGUGGAAUUUGGCCAUUACAUGUUAGCUGCAGUGCAGUGUGAUAAUUUUGAGUUAUUGCUUCUGUUUUCAUGCUGCCGCCAUAAUGCUUGAAAAAGAAGCUUGUACCCAUGUCUCCUAACCCAGUAUUAGGAUCAUUUGUGCUUCUUCCCAGAAGUAUAUGCAAGGGUGGGGUUUUUGAGUUAUAUAGAAAACAACUGUGAAAAUGGAAAGCACAAUUCAUGGAAUGUGUGAAAGAGCUCAUGCAAUACUAGGAAACAUCUGUAAAUUCAUAAUGGUCAUUAACUUUAUUGCAAGUAUUUUACAAAGUACAUUUCUAGCUGAACUUGAAUUUGCAUUCCCCAUACCAUCCUGCAAAGCACCUAUUAAAACAUAAUAAUCUAAUAAAUUAAGCUCAUCUUUUUUUGUCCAACUGAAAUCCAGCCAACAAACACCUGAGACAUCUUACAGCACUUCAGGAUGAUGGUUAGACUGGUAGGUGAAUCAGGGGAAAGGAGCUGGAAGAGCAAACACUGAAAAUGCUUUUUUGCCAUUCAAAUGUGGCACAUGGAUGGUAUAGAUGCUCUCAGUUGAUUGUAGAGGUCAUAAUGAUACAGUUGGAAGGAGAAAUUUUCUAAAAAAGGUGGUUCACAAAAUGUGAGGCAAAGCCUCCAAAAUGUCUCUUGAUUGGGAUCGAAAUCAGAGUAUCUUCUGUUGAUUGCCAGUUACUGGAGAUCAUUGGGACCGUCACCUCCUUUUCCUAAGCUUUUUGCAUUGUCAACUUAAAGUGUGUUAUGCCCUUCUCUUCCAUAAAAUUGCAACCCUUUCUUUUUCCAUCCAUCUUCUUGCUUCUAAGCUGAGAACAAAAGUGAAUUGUAAACUGAAGAACAUUCUGUCCACUGGUUUUACAUCUGAAGAAACUGCAGAAGUGGUGUUUCUGUUUCCCUCCUUGUUUGUUUGUUUUGUGGUGUGGAAACACUCUAAGACAAACUUUGAGUACAUAGGGUUCAGGGGUGGGACAGAGAAAUGUUUAAAUCACUCAAAGACGAUUUAUGAGGGGUUUGAUUAAAGGGGUAGUGAAAACAGGAAAAGGGGACGGUGGCUGCCUCAGUGUUCCCCUCACCCACCCCAGAAGUCUUACAAAGACAUUGCAUGUGCAAAAAAGAUGGCUGUCCUCACAGAUUGAUGGGGGCAACCUGAUUUUCUCCAUACAAUUACCCAGGAAGGGACUGUACAUUAUGAGGUGUAUGGGAGCAUUAUUAUUUUUUAACCUUUUGAGCAUAGAGGAGAAUUUAGCUGUUCUAAGGAGGUUAACAUGCUAAAGAGGGAGAUAGUCCUUGGACCACCUUGUAAGUACAGCUCCAUGGACAGAUCAGUUUGUUGAUUAUGCAACUUAACCCACAUAUCUAUGUUCAUAUCUAUGUGUGAGUUCAAGGAGGUUGAAAUGAAUAGGUUCAUCCCAGAACACUGAAUAAAUAGGAAUCCUCACUCCUAUUACUUUGGAAUUAAGGAAAAGGAAACUGCUAACUGCAGGAAAUUGAAACAUGGGUUUUGAUCUCUUUAAUAUAAAGAGAUAACACUUCUACAACCAAGGAGUUCCCUAGAAAAUGUAAGUGGUUGAGACAGUAGAUAGAACAUACUUCGUGAUAAGUAGGAAUGAACAAAUCUGGUUCUCUGGUUGCCAUUUUUCCAAUCUUAAAUCCAUUUAGCCAUAUUUCUGCAUUAAUUUGUGAUUAUUAUUUUAUUUUAAAAAAACCUCCUUAUGAAAAUUAUUCUGCAUUUUAAUGUGAAUUUCUCCUAAUAGACACAUUGACACUAAUACGUCCAUGUGGAAUUCCUUCUAAUAUAUUCAUUUUUGAAAACAUUGUUUAGCUGAAGAACUGCAUCACAAAUUUGGGUAAGUGUAGAUUUUUAAGGAUAGUUGUGUUUUGGUUUAUGGUUUGAGAAAUGUAAAUGAGGUAGUUUCUCAUUAAAAUGCAAACAGAAUCAAAUUUCUCCCCAUCUCAGAGUAUGUUAGCUGAUCCAAAAGUGACUAUACAUAUUACUCUUGGUGGAAUCAAUCUUGUUUUACAGCCAAUGAUAAUUUUCUUCAUAUUCCCGGAAAAGUAUAUUUUAUGGAUUUUGGUCUAUUGAAAGUUUUUCUGUAGUCUAUACAAGAUUGCAGAUUUAUCCUGAGGUAGCCACUGCCCUAACCAAUACAACUAAGCAGCUUCAUAAUACAGUGGAACCUUGGGUUAAGAACUUAAAUCAUUCUGGUGGUCCGUUCUUAACCUGAAACUGUUCUUAACCUGAGGUACCACUUUAGCUAAUGAGGCCUCCCGCUGCCGCCGUGCUGCCGCCACGCGAUUUCUGUUCUCAUCCUGAAGCAAAGUUCUUAACCCAAGAUACUAUUUAUGGGUUAGCGGAGUCUGUAACCUGAAGCGUAUGUAACCCAAGGUACCACUGUACCACCGAAGAUUAGGAAGUCUUAAUCCUCCAUUAUAAACUGGUUUUUGCAUAGCUGAUGUCUUGACCCUCAGGCUACCUGCCCAUAUAACAUUAUCUAACAUUUUCUGCCAACCACACAGAAGUCAAUUGAAAAGGGAGGAUUAGCAGUUUCUAAUCUUCUAUGGUAUUAUAAAGCUCCUCAAAUAUAUUGGUUAGGACAGUAGCUAUCUCAGUAUAAGUCUGAAAUCUGGUGUAAAUUAGAGCAAAAUUGAUUCAUAUUUCAUUAGGCAAGAUGCCCUUCUUGGGCAGGAGCUUAUUCCAUCUCAAAUCCUGGUAUGAGAGAAAUACAAGAAAAGGUCUUGGAGUAUCUCCACUGGCAUCAGCUAUAAGCAAUCAAAACUUUGACAUGGAAAGUAUAUUGCUUUUUCCCUACCAAGGAAACAAUAGGGCAAAGCACAAGGAUGUGUUUCCCUGUGGUUUUAAAAAAACCAGGCACAAUAUUCAUAAUUUAAGAAUCAGGGAUUGUCGGACAAUUGAAGUUAUAAUCCUGGGAAUUACUUUUGUGCAAGUACCAUUGAACUCAAUGUGACUUACUUCUGUGUUGGUACCUAGAGGACUGCUUUGUAAUGAAAACUAUAAGCCUUGUGGAUGGUGUUUUUUGUUUUUUUUGUUUUUAGGAAUUGGGUAAAAGUGGAAUACUAUCACAAGUUUAUUUUAGUUCGUGCAUAACUGGGUGCUAUGAGCUGUUCCAUCUGAAUAGAACUAGAUCUAAAUUCAUAGAUCAAUUAGAUCCCCCCCUUUAUGUCUAUCACUGAGAGAAACAUUUAUGCAUUUAUAAAAUCUAUAUUCCAUUUUGAACAUAAAAAACAUAAAUUGCCUUUUAAGGCAAUUUAAAACCAUCAAAUUAAAAUAAAAAAUGAUAAAAUUGAAAUAAAACAGUAAAAGUAGAAUAAUAGGAGUACAAAGAAAAGAAAAAUUAGUAAAAAAAUAUGUCAUCUGUUAAAGCCUGAAUAGAGUCAAGUUGAUUUUUCUGGUACUUAAAAGUUAACAGGGAAGGCACCAACUGAGUGUUCCUCGGAAGUAUAUUCCACAACCAGACACCAUUACUCAGAAGGCCCUGACCAACACCUGCCUCAUCCCUCAGAAAUGGUCCUCUGAUGAAGAUCUUAGAGUAGACAGGUUCUCAUGGGUACAGGCAGUUCUUCAGCCAUAAUGAGCUUUAAAGGUCAAAGCAAGCACCUUGAAUUGUGCCUGGAAACAUAUCAAAAGAUUAAUUUUGGACAGGUGGUUGCAGCACCAUGGAAAGAGCCAACUAAACAACUUCCUCUAACAAAGGCUACAGGUGGGGUGAGGCCACACAAGUCCCUCCAAAAAGUUUCACUCUCCUAAGUCCUACCAACUUGCCUUAGGAGUGUGAAUUAUAGGGUUGCCACCCCACCCCACCAAUUCCUGGCCAGAAGAAGAAGAAGAAGAAGAAGAAGAAGAAGAAGAAAUAAAUACAUUUUUAUUUAUACCCCACCCUCCCCAGCCAGGGCCAGACUCAGGGUGGCUAACACCAAAUAUAAAUUACAAUAAAGCGUAAUAAGGGGGAAAACAAAACAAAAAAACAGUUAAUUAAAAUACGGCUGAAAAUACAGCUUAAAAUACAGCUUAAAAUGCAGCCUCAUUUUAGUAGUAGUCCAUACAUCAAGACAAUAAAGGGAGGAAACAUCAGAUAUUCACCCGAGCCAGCUAUCCAUGGGAAGAUUUAUAUACCAAAUCCCAUAUAAGGGGUCAGAGUGAUUCUAAGCCGAAGGCCAGGUGGAACAGCUCCGUCUUGCAGCCCUGCAGUAAGAUGUCAAAUCCCGCAAAGCCCUAGUCUCUUGUGACAGAGUGUUCCACCAAGUUGGGGCCAGUGCUGAAAAGGCCCUGGCCCUAGCUGAUACCAGUCUAACCUCCUUGAGGCUCGGCAUCUCCAAAGUGUUGUUAUUUAUGGACCUUAAGGUGCUCUGUGGGACAUACCAGGAGAGGCAGUCCCGUAGGUACAAGGGUCCUAGGCUGCAUAGGGCUUUAAAGGUCAAAACCAGCACCUUAAACCUGACGCAGUAGUCCACCGGGAACCAGUGCUGCUGGUAAAGCACUGGAUGAAUGUGGUCACGCAGCAAGGACCCCAUAAGGAGUCUCACUGCGGCAUUGUGCAUCCGCUGGAGUUUCUGGGGCAGCUUCAAGGGCAGCCCAGCGUAGAGCGAGUUACAAUAAGCAAGCCUGGAGGUGACUGUCGCAUGGAUCACUGUGGCCAGAUCAGGGCGAGAAGGGUAAGGGACCAAAUGCUUAAUAGGGCGUUCUUCUGUGGCCUCCUGCCUGGUGCACUUCUUGUGCUGUUGGGCAGCCACAGUGAAAACAGAGGCAGGUGACAAGUCAGAUAAAGUAUGCUUGGGGUAGGUGUCUGCAAGGCUCAUGGCUUUUAUUUCACAGAAGCCACAGGUGCCAUACCAGGAACAUAGUUUAGCUCUUCUGCCAAUGGUAGUCAGCCCCAGAUUCAACUAGGUCAUCUUCCUCUGUCUCUUGAGCAUCGGUCUAGGGUUGCAACACCCCAGACAUUCAUUUAUUUAAGCUAUUUAUUAACGGCAUUAGCCUAACUGGUGAAAGCUACUGCAUCACACAUGCCUUCAGAGUAAGGAGCAGUUCUGAUGGCACCUCUGCUGUCUGAAUUUGAUCCCUAAGUGGAAGUGCAGCUGAAGCCUCAUCCCAAACAGGUCAAAUGCUGCCUCACAGGUUCAUUGAACUACUUCCCAACAAUGUCUUUUUCUUGUGGGAAAUUCGUACUUUCAGAACUGAACCUGGACAAAAAGAUGGACUGAAAUGGAUCCAGGUAAUAUGUAGUGUCUUAAGAGAGGCUGGCAUUGAGAAGCAUAUAUUCAAAGUUGGGCCACCCCACACCAGUACAUCACUUACAUUGAACUACAACUCCUACUGUAGCACCCCAUUGAUUAAGGUAUUGCUGAGAUAACUAAAUCGACUUAUAGUCCUAAUAAAAGACAUUAAUUUACAAUCAUAGAACAAUCCAGUUUAAAAAUGAUCUCACUUGUGUGUGUGUUUUAAAAAUCAUAAUACACAUUGUAACUCCAUUUGUUGAAACAGAAAGUUUCUUUUCUCUCAUAAGAGCAAAUUUAGUUGCUAUGUGCUGAUAGGACUGUAGCCAAAACAAGAGGGAAGCUCUUAGGGAUGCUGGUGUUUGCAGAAAAGCAAACAAAACCCUGGGGGAGGGAAUGCAAGGGGAAAUCAUCCCAAAGAACCCAAUAAAAACUGAACAUACUCAAUAGCCACAGAAGGCUCAAUGUCCUCUUUGGUGGGAUGGAAAAUGAGGAAUGGAAUCAAGUUCCCAUAAGAGGCCAUGGCUUGCCUGUUUGGAAUUGUGGACCGGAGUCCUGGUUUUUGAAGGGUGAGGAUACAAUGCAACACUUAGUUACAGGCUCCCUUAUAUGUUGUAAUUCUGCCCUUUUAAAUCAGCAAAUGUUUAGACCUGAGCUGAGGCAAUUUUCAUUCCAAGCAAGUGUAGAAAAAAAAUAGAACCAUUCCAAAUUCCCCCUUAAAAAAAAUAUCCAGGCAAAUUUCCAGAGCAGUGAAGGAGAACAACAAAAGCCUGAUAUGCAGAUAGCAGACACAGGGUGUCUGUUCAGACUCUAGAUUGAUUGAUUUAUUACACAUUUCCAGCAUUCACAUCUUGAGAGAAUGUCCAUCCCCAUCAAUCAUUUAAGAGGAUUUAUUCUGGGAGGUGCACAGAUAUGCAGGCUACUGUAAAAUAUGUCUCAAAGCCUGGUUAGUGUGACUGUGACUCAGCCCAUUUGUGCAGCCCACCCUCUGCAGCUUCAUUUUGAUUUAUGUACUGUGGCAGAUUAUCUCCCUCGUAAAUACUAAAUUCCAUCAAUUUAUUUGCAUUAUGCAAAGAGGAGAGCAUUUUAGUACCAAAGGGAGCACACCCCAUGUUGUGUAAUCAUGUUGCUUUAUGGGGUUUCAGGGAUUUUGUUGCUGCUGCUGAUGUAAUAAAGGUCUGCUUCAUGCUAUCUGAUGCACUGCAACCCCCUUCUUUAAUUUUAUCGCUGAAGUGAUGGGCCAGGCUGAGGUCAGAUGAUAAAGGACAUGAUAUUAACAAGUCAUAAAGUUUCACUUUAGAUAAUGCAAACUUAAAGAAUGCUAAUGAUGCAUAAUUUACCACUAGCAACCCUUUCUGUACACUGCACAGCAUCUAGCAAUGUUAGUAAGGUACUAGGUAAUUACAAGCUGCUACCAUGUGUCCUCCACAAAUAUGAGUGAGCUAAUUGCUAUUAAUUUAAAGAAACCUGUGGAGUUUAAAUAGAGUAAGCUGCUGUCUGAAAAUUAUUGGGCUAUAAUUCUUCUGCCUUCUGGCUGUAGAGAUAGUAUAAAUCUGCAAAGAAUGUGCCAGGUUAGAUAUGUAGUCAGCAGAACCCUGAGAUGAAAUUAAAGACCCAUAAGUCAUAAGUUUAAAAAAACAUUUUCUAUAAUAUGUAUACUCAAGUUUUGCUCAGGGAAUACCACUGUGUAUAUAGACACAGACUACAAGUGUAAUUAAAACCAAAGUGUUUAUUCAGUCACUCUGUAGUUUAUCACACCACUGGGAAUGGAAAUCAUCAUGAGAAGAUGCAGCAGUGGUUCAAUGUACAGUCAUUAACAUUUGAUUUCUUUUAAGGGGGUAAGGAAAGGGAAGUCCUAGAUUUUGCCAUUAACACUAUAUCCACGAAUCGGAAACAAAUGUGCAUCUAACUGCAACAUCAUUUUGUCAUAAUUCCAAACUUCUACUUUCCUAGAUAUAAUAAUAUAGUGAAAGAAAAGAGUUCAAGAAAGUACUUCAAGGAAACCAUUUUGUGUCUAUUCUACCCCUCCAUGCAAAUAUUAUAUGAUCUCCGGUAAUCUGCUCCUACACAUUGUGACAGUCAACCACCUCCCAAAUUGCUAUCUGUUAUAUGUCCCAUUCUGUGAAUCAUUCUGAUUGAUUGGAAAAGACAGGGACUUUUACCAGAUUUAGAGUUGCUGACUGAUUCUGGGCCUCAUGUAUAUAAAUAGUAAAUACUACUCUUGGCAAUGAAAUAGCACUGGUUGCUUUAUUCUUCAUUUAUGACAUAGAUACCAAUAGAGAAAUAUAUUUCAGACAAGAUCGCAUCAAAAUAACAAAAUGGCAACCAUUGGCUUACUACAAAGCUACUAAUCAGGUGUCAAUAAUACAGGUUGUUUAACGCUGGGGUUAACCGGUACUGUCAUAAUAAACAAGGUUAAUGGCUACAAUGAGGCCUCUGGUGGUGAACCACUCUAUUCAUUAUUAACAUUUAGAAGGAAUUUACAAACAUUAAUGCUCACCAGGGCAUUUGAUGGCUUAAAUAUACAAAAAAAAUUUGCAAUUCACUGUGGUAUCUGAUCCUGCACCUGCAUGCGAAGCCUCUGCUGAGAUUUCUGGCAUGCAAAACAUGUGCUCUUUCACAUAGCUACGUGGCUUCAGUUGUCUUCAGUUGAAAUAAAUAGUAUAGAAUUAAAUAUAAAUCCUGAGCUCCUGCUAUGAUGACAUGUGAAAUGCACCCAGCUAUAUAGUUAGGAAGACACACAGUAAAACCUGUCUAUUUUGAAAUUUUAUUAUUCAGUGGGAGUUGCCAGGAUGAAAAGCAGUGACAGACUCAACUACUACACCAGCAUGCGGGCAUCUUGUAUUAAUUGAUGAAACAACAGUGAAGCACACAGCUUCAAGGUAAACUCUGUCUGCCAAAACUACCUGAAGUUCAUAAGAGUAAUUAAGAUCUAAACCCAGAAGAAUAAUUAAAAUAUGCAAAACAUUUAUUGAUCUUCAGCAUCUGGUGACUUGUCAGUUACCACAGACAUACAGACACAAAAGCAAGCUUGAUUUAACAUACUGUUAAUUUGCUUUCUUUGAUUAAGCAGAUUUUUGGAAAAUAUUCAUAACUUUACCUAGUACGUAAAGAAUUCUGCUGCUAAUACUAGUGUUUCCUAGAAAUUUCUUUGGCAUUUGGAAGCCAGUUGAGAUGCUGUGAAGAGUAAAAGUGCUGAACUGAAUAUAUAUAUAUAUACACACACACACACACACACCGUAUUUUUCGCUCUAUAAGACGCACCAGACCACAAGACGCACCUAGUUUUUGGAGGAGGAAAACAAGAAAAAAAAUAUUCUGAAUCUCAGAAGCCAGAACAGCAAGAGGGAUUGCUGCGCAGUGAAAGCAGUAAUCCCUCUUGCUGUUCUGGAUUCUGGGAUAGCUGCGCAGCCUGCAUUCGCUCCAUAAGACGCACACACAUUUCCCCUUACUUUUUAGGAGGGAAAAAGUGAGUCUUAUAGAGCAAAAAAUAAUCUCUUGUGGAUCCAAAUAAAUACCUGGUUCAUUAUAAUGAACCAGGUAUUUAUUUGGAUCCACAAGAGAUUAUGCCGUAAGAAAUUUGAUAGUCUUUAAGUUAUUAGGGAGUUGGACUAGAUGCCCCUUCUAACUCUGCAAUUCUUUGAUUCUUUGAUUCUAUUACUUCUGCCCAGAAGUCAUCUUCCAAAUGCCAAUGAAAUGUUCAAUGUUAGUCCCUAUACAAUGAACACAAGAGCUUUGAGGAUGUAAUGUUAUGGUGUUGAAAACCAUUUGCUGGAAGAAGAAGAGGAGAGCAGAUUGCUAUUCACCUGCCCCUGAACUGAAUAUCUAGAACCAACAACUCUUGACACCAUGAAACAUUUUCAAAAGAGUGAGGAAGUAUAACGGGUCUGAAUUUCCACCUAGAAAUAUAGGAAGAUGCCUUUGUUCUUCUGGCUCACUGUUGUCCCUAAGUCCUGCAAUAAUUCACCAGAAUUUCAGGCACGUAUCUCUCCAAGUCCCACCUGGAGAUGCUAAGGAUGGAACCAGGGACUUACUAUUAAUAAUAAUGUCUAUAUUGUCAUUAAUCCAAGGAUCAUAGGGCAGUUUUCCACAGAGAAACACAAAAAUACAUAAUAUAGUAAGAAACAAAAACAAUACUCCCUCACAGUUUAAAAGGCCAGAGUGUUUAAUUAGCCAAAGUCCUGGGAAACAAGGAAUGAUUUUGCUUGGCAGUGAAAAAUAUGUACAGUGGUACCUCGGGUUACAGACGCUUCAGGUUACAGACUCCGCUAACCCAGAAAUAGUACCUCGGGUUAAGAACUUUGCUUCAGGAUGAGAACAGAAAUCAUGCGGCGGCGGCAACGGGAGGCCCCAUUAACUAAAGUGGUACCUCGGGUUAAGAACAGUUUCAGGUUAAGAAUGGACCUCCAGAAUGAAUUUCAGUAAGUUCUUAACCCGAGGUACCACUGUAAUGAAGGCACCAGGUGAGCCUCCCUGGGGAGAGCUUGCAAAAAAUGGGGAGCCACAGCAAAAAAGGCCUGCUCUCAUGUUGCCACCCUCCCAACCUGUCGUGGAGGGGGCACACAGUUGGUAAUUGCAGGGUCCGGGUCAGUUAUUUGAGGUAUGGCAGUCCUGAGCCAUUUAAACACUAGUAUUUUUCUAGGGGGGGAAAGGUGCUGGAGCUUACCAUGAAUGCCUCCCUUGGUGUCUUAUAAUGCCAAUGGAGCCUACCAGAGAGGUUCUGGAACUUAUUAUGAUACCUGUGAUGUGAUUUAUACCACUUUGAGGAGUGGGUUUUUUAUCUUUACAACUAAUGGUACUGCGUAUGAAAUAAAUACAGCAGCAUAUUUUAUGUAUGUUAUGAGGACAAGAGCCUGCAGCCCUAUGAGUCAAAAUUAGGCUAGGAACAGAAACUGGGGGGGGGGGGUUUGAAACCACUGUUCUCUUCCCAGUAAUGUGACCAUGUAGUCUCCAUGUUUAAAAUGUGUUCCUAUAACAGAGUUUGACUGGAAUAUAUGGAAUAACUCUUGACGUGAAAAAAGAAAUGGCCCCAAGACACACUGCAUGCUGGGAAAUGUUAUUGUCAUCAGUCUCUUUUUGCUUUCUGUUUUCUUACAUGCUUUACCUUCCCUCAUUCUAUGAACACACACAUUCCUUCCUAGCCUUCUUGUCUGAGAUCACUCAUCUCUUACCUUCAUUGCCAAACAACUAGAGCACUUGAUGUUUAUAUCUAUGACUUUUGUUUCAUUUCAUAAACCAAGAGGCUCCCUGUACUGAUGUUCACCCAUUUCAUUUUACCAAAUAUAAUGGCUUUUUUUUUACUUUCUGCUGCCUGUAAUACUACCAGCUGGGUUAUGCACCUUGAUUGUCUUCUUCCUUGAGUUUCUAAGAUGCCGCAACACUAUUGAUUCUUCUCUGUCUAUUAUUAUGAUCCCCCCUCACACACUUCAUCUCCAGUAAUAUCAGUUUAUUGCAAGACUUCUACUAUUCUCACAUGACAUAUUGGUGAUUCUAUCUUCUAAGAAACAGCAUUUAUCCUUUUGACUUCUAAAUCAUUUUUUUUUCUAAACACAAAACUUUCUGUCUGAUCCUGUAACAUCUUCUUGGGCAUCUAUCUAACAUCCUGGCUUAAGCCAGUGAAGAAGAACAGAGAACAUAUAGUGAAACCACAUGUUAGCUUCUAUUUUAGCGUUUUUGCUAGCAAUAUCAGAGAUUUCACCAGCCACAAUUUCAGCAAAACUGUGCUUUCCAAAGCAAAAUGGCUGCUAACAUUUUGUACUUUCACAUGGAGGAUAGCAAUUUGUAUUUUAAUCCAUAACCAUCUCUAAUUCAAAGCAACUUUAUCAGCGCUCCAUAUUGCAGUCUUCUUGGCUGCAAUUACAGCAUUAACGUUUAGCUUUUCAGUCUUGAUAACACAGUCUAAUUUUAUCCCAUCUGGUUUAUUGUGCAAAGUUUUUUUUCAUGCCUGGAGGUGGCAUUUCCUUAAUCAUUUCUUCUGCAUGGAAUUGCUGGUUGGAGCUUAAAAGGUUUUGUUAGCUACAAGGACCAACUGCAGGUUUCUUCUCCAUGAGGACAAUGUGUCAGCAGUUCUCUGUAAGAAUUGUCUAGAAGGCAAUCAUUUGGAAGCUCUCGCUGUACUAGGGAGGUCAUCAAACCAAACUGAAUAAGCUUUUGAUCUCGCUUUAUUUUUUUAAUGACUGUAAUGUUAGAGUGACAUUUCCUUUCUAAUGAUUAGCUUUCAGGGAGGUAGGAUUACAGACUGCUAGUUUAUUAAUAGCUAGUGGGAAACAGGUGACCUUAGAUUUGCAUAUUAAACCCAUGCCAAAAUCAAUGUGGAGAUAUGAAGGUGGAGGAGGAUCUUCUCAGCAACAAUGUGGAAAGUGUUUGGAAAUCGGCAUGCAAUCAGUCCUUUUCCCUUUUGAUGGCCAUAUGCUUCAAUUAGUUCCUGUAUUGUACAUUUGUGCAAGAUGACACCAUACCAAACCACUUUAGGCAUUUCCAAAUAGAUGCUUGUGUUUUGUUUCCAGGAAUAUCAUGCCAAACAUUUUCUCAAACAGAAAAAAAGGCUCAGAUAUUUUGCUUCGCUUUGGCAAAAAUGGGAUAUUUUACCAGUAAUAUAAAAUCUUGAUUAGAGAUGCCAGGAAAUACAUUCUGUGAUUCAUAAAAAAACAGGCCCCCAAAUAAGAGGUGACCAUUUCAAGUCUCAAUCUUUUGCAUUAAGAUUCCUGGCUUCCCCCCUGCCAGCCUAUCACUGCUCUUCCCUUCCUUUCUCAGUGGAAAGAGCAGCAGCAACAUCACAAAAAGAGAGAAAAUAAGUCUCUCUCUCUUUCUCUUCAUUACUUCAUUACAUUGGUUAAUAGUGUAAUGGGAUGCAUGGGAUUAGCUCCCUAGAGAUCCUGCAAUUAUAGCUCCUUUGGGUAAAGCUACAGCUCCCAUAGUCUUUUAUGCCCUCCCAUGUCCUUUAAACUGAACACAAGUACAAGCAAUCUCUACACAUUUGUCUGAAGCUGUGUACAGUUCAUCUGUUGUGUAUUCAAAUGGACAGACUGUACAGUCACUGAACAUUACAUAUAAAUAACUGAGCAAGUGUAUGGUUCAAGUAUUUGGGUACACAGGCUGCACAGUCAUUGAAUGUACUAUUAGCUAGCGUACUGGGGCAAUGGAGUGGGGGAAACUGUGUUCCUCUCUUUUCCAUGUCUGUCUCAUCACUGCCACAGAGGAAAUGGAAGUGGGUAUUUGGGAGGAGCUGGCAAGUCAAUGCAGAAGGGAUGCUGGUGGUUUUCUUUCAAGCCCUCAGUGUGGUCUAUUUUUAUUUCUGGGAAACUUGGGGAAAGCCCAGCCCAGAAGAACUUUGGAGAGUUUAAACAUCUCUGUUUCUUACAUAGUAUAUGCAAGCAAGUGGAAAAAUAAGAAAGAUAAGCUGGACUGGCCUAUCCGUUUCCACCCUUUGUCCUCACUCAUAUUUUGCUCUUCACUCCCAUUCUCUGUUACCCAUAGUCAGAGGAGACAGAACAUAACAAAACUGUAGUCGACAUACCUAGGGAUGAGGGAGAAAUUCAAUCCAGUUUGCAUAUAAAGGUGAAGUGACCAGAUUUGCACUUUCCAAAACAAAGUGCAAAAUGAAACACAACCAUCUUUUGAAAUUCAAACCUCUCCGAAUUUUGCAAUGCAGUUCGCCACCCAAACAAUGUGUACAAAAAUGUUUAUCCAUGGGGAAAGUGUACACAAAAGCACAUAUAUCAAUGGAAUCAACAUAUAUAUUCACUGUAUGUUGUGAACACAGAAUAAUUCUACUUUCUUUUUUAACACUGAUGAAUUUUCAUGAUGACCUUUUAUUUAUUUAUUUUUUUAAAAUCCCAAGCUGAUGUGGAAAUCUGAAAAGCUGAAUUUAAGAUCGGAUAAAUUUGAAACAGAGAGACACCAGAAUUGACAGAUUUGCUCAUCCUUAGUUAUAUUUCUAUUUUCUUCAGUACCUUUGUCUUCUUGCUUUUCUGUGUUUGUUUCCCCUAUUUCUUUUUCUUCUAGUCUCAUCAUCCAACUCUGUUUUAUAUCCUUUUUUUGCAUGGGUCACUCUAGACAAUGACUUGUAUCUCUAUUGCUAAGCUUGUUUCACAUUUGGAAAAUGUUGGUUGACUGCAUUUCCACCUCCCACCCCCCAUGACUGCAGUUAUAUGAAGAGGCCAGGGAUUUUUUUCCCUGUAUUCCUUUAGCAUCUCAAAAUUCAUUUCUGGAUUAUGUAUUUAAUCAUACAAACUGAUUUGCUGUUUAGAACUUCUGACAUUAGAGUUUCCACUAUCAGCUUCCCAAAUAUCAUUUGAAGUAUUUCCCCCAUAUUAAUCAGCAUGACAUUUUCACUGCUAACACCUGUAGCUAUUUCUGUGUUUAAUCUCUGAGUCUUUUCUGUCCUCUUUUAAUAUGGUCACUGUAUAGAGAAAGAAAAUACACAAUCCAAAUCACAGUUAAGCACAUUCAUUAAAAUCAGUUAGAAUUCAAGAAUGUAAGUAUUUCUUUCCAGGACUGGUGCUACUAUUAGGUUGAGGAGGUUGCUGUCUAAUGCAGCUGAUUGUGGGUGUCACGAAAGGGCAGGAACUGGUUUGUCAAAUAUUGUAUUUUUAUUCUGAAGGAAAGGCACUUCUGGGAUUUUCUCUCUCAGAUGCCAAAAUAACUUGCCAACCUUGGGUACUAAUGACACAGAGUUCAGAUCAAAAUAGAAAUGGGUGUGGGAAUUGUCACUGUUCACCUAUUUGCUCAUUAUCAGGACUUGAUUGAUGUCAUGCAAAUGAAAGCAGGCUAUUUUUGACACUGAAUUUCAAUGCUGUGGAUAUCUAUCACUGAACUAUAUGCCUUUACUUGGCAGGAAAGAUUUAAGGUAAAGGGACCCCUGACCAUUAGGUCCAGUUGUGGCCGACUCUGGGGUUGCAACACACUUUAUUGGCUGAGGGAGCCGGCAUACAGCUUCCGGGUCAUGUGGCCAGCAUGACUAAGCCACUUCUGGCGAACCAGAGCAGCACACGGAAACGCCGUUUACCUUCCCGCCGGAGCGGUACCUAUUUAUCUACUUGCACUUUGAUGUGCUUUCGAACUGCUAGGUUGGCAGGAGCAGGGACCGAGCAACGGGAGCUCACCCCAUCGUGGGGAUUCGAACUGCCAACAUUCUGAUCGGCAAGCCCUAGGCUCUGUGGUUUAACCCACAGUGCCACUCAGCCAGUAAAAUGGCCUGGCAUAGCACUGUCCUCAACCUUCUCCCAUUGGAAUGUGACAAACUUAAACAUACUUUACUUUGUCUGGAUCAACCCCAUAAUAUCAGUCCUCCUCCCUAACUUGACAGUGGAAAAGCCUAUUAAGUGUGGAUUGAGAAUCCUAUAGGGAUGCGGUGGCAGCUGACUAAUCUCUCCCCCCCCCCAAACUCUCCUCUUCAGCUCACCUAUCCAGAGAAACUUUCUCCUGCCAAUAAAUGAGAGGGGAAAGUGCAGGCCCAUUUUCCUUUGCAAAGAAUGGGUAUUGCACCUGCGGCAACUGAAUUAAAUGGGUACAAAAUAGGAUGCAGAGGUCUUGUACACACUUUGUGAUGCACCAAAACCAUUAGCCCUGCUGUUAGUGUAUAUAUAAUAAUGAGAUCUGUAAAACUGAGGACAACAUGCUGGUUAAUGCUGGCUACUUCACUUUCAGAUUAUCCAUUACACAACAAGCACCCUUUCAAUAAUAUGGUAAACACAGCCUAGAAAUGUGAAUUUCUGAUAUCACUCUACUUCCCUCUCUCCAUGUUGUUCUAUUACAUUCUGAGCCAGAAUUGAUUGAAUUAAUUUAUUCAAGUACACUGUUGAGUGGCCCAUAGCUUUGAGAAGUCUAGGUAGGGUGCAUUUACCAACUCUCCUUCAUCAACAGUUAUCAGCUGGUAUUGUGCUUCAUCACUAUCAUCUUCCUGCAAUUCUGGGAGAUCCUGCCUCUUCAAAGAAAUUAAAUGGAAGAUCGUUAUCUGUUGAAGAUAACAAAUGUGCAUUAAACAUUUCAGUAUUAUGAACAGGUGGUCAAGCACAGAAGAAUGAAUAUGUUUUGAGUUGGAAACAAUAUGAGAAGUAAUCGCUGCCAUCCCAAUUGACUCUAAAUGGCAACAGGCCAUUUCAGAAGUAGGAGAUAUCCAAUGUGGUCACAUGAACUAAUUGGAUUGUAAGCUAGUGCAGUCCAGGCUUUCCUGUUUCUUUUUAUGUUUAUGCUCAAACAUUGUUAUGGAUGCAGUAAGAACCACGAUGCUUUUCUUCUGUUCAGUGAGCAAAUGCCAGUUCUCAUUAGACCUGCAAUUUGGGUUUCAUAAAAGCUCUAGCUUGCAAAACUAAAAAUAAAUAGUGAGAAACAAAAUUUGUUUUCUUUCUUUCUAAAAAAAAAUGUUUUUAGGAGCAAUGGACAAAAGAACAGCUUAAAAAUAAGUGUUGGGAUGAAAUGUGAAAGCAGUUAUUUCUAAAACAUACAACAGGCAAAUGUGGCUGCAUUUAUCCUAAGUUUAACCCUGGGAGCCAGGAAGGACUCUGGUCCAUAGAGGGAGCACGUGAAGAGACUAAACCCUACACACACCAAUGUUGUUUACCUGAUGAAAAUUCCCCCAUUCUGCAAUUUGUCACAAUAUGCAUAUGAUACAUUUGCAUAUGCAUUUUUCUAGUAUGGCAAAUAACAGCUUAAGAGGAGCUUUUACCUGAACAUGCAAGGGUGUAAAUUGCGGGGGGGGGGGGUGUAUGCACACCCCAUUGUCCCCCUUCAGAGCUUUGUGCUGAAUGGACAAAGGUCUGACAGAAGCCAAGAACCUUGCAAGGAUUUGUGGGGUGGGGGGGCUUGCAUGCAAUUUUAAUGCUCAUGUGUUCAGGAAAAUGCUUGAAAAGUGUCUGUCAUGAUUAUAACAUAAGAAAGUGUCUGGGUAGGCAGUUCAUCAGGAUCAGAGUACAUGCUUUUGGCAUAUACACAUUCUCUCUCUCUCUCACACACACACACACACAGAGAGAGAGAAUAUUUACAUUAAAAAACAUAGGUUGAAUUGGGCCUUGAUUAGCAAAAUAUUGCUUGGAAAAAUUCCCAAGGAAAGUAGCUCCCAUAAUCCCCUCAUCCAAUCAGAUUCACACACAUAAUCUGCAUUUCUUUUCUUUUUUUUUAAAUAAUAUUUAUUAGUAGUUUCAGAAUUAUAAAAAAAUAAAGAAAAAAUAAGAAACAACACAAUAAUACAUAAAAAAGAGAGGGGAAAAACAACAACACAAAAACCAAUACAACAGUACAGCAAAAAAAUACAAAGAAAAAAGGAAAACAGAAAAAAAGAAAAAAACACAAAUCCCAAAUUACAUAUCUAUAACUUCCAUUUGCUUGUUUCAUUGACCUCCUCACACCUCCCUUCUUGCAUUCUAGUUCAAUUAGUUAUUUCAGCAAAUUCUUUCCAUCUUUCUCAAUUUUUGUUACAAAAUUUAUCUUAACAAUUUAACCUAAUAAUUAGCUCAACAAAUCCUUUCCAUCUUUCCCCAUAUUCUAUUAUUCAAAUUACCUUAGUUUAUUUAACCUUAUCUUACCCUAAAAUACCUUAAAGCUUAAAUCUUAGUUUUCAAAUAUACAUAACUCCUGAUAUCAUUUCUGCUAGAGUCAUAUAGUUUCAUUCCAACAUUUUCCCUAAUAUUCAUUAAUUUUAAGCUAAUUCCCUAAAUAGAAAGUUUUUAUUUGUAAAUUUUUUCCAAUCUUCAUCCAACGUCUCUUCUUCCUGGUCUCGGAUCGUGUCAGUCCUUACUGUCUAUUCCAUCUAGUCCAUCAACCUGGAAGCCUUAUGUCCGAGGCCCUUAAGUCUCUUCCAUGUCCCUUCUGCAGUUCUUCUUCUUGUUGUUUAUACUUGCCCUUUUCCUUGUCUUUUGUUGGUCUCUUUCUUAAUUUCUUUCCUUUCUCAUUGAGGAGUAGGUCUCUGGGGAUUUCCAACCCAAAAUUGUCUCCAUCUCUCUUCAUCAAACCCGCCCAUUCCCCACAGACCCAUUCCCCACAGUCAUUGCUAUAGUCCAAAAAGUAUUUAAAAGCAUAUUUCCAGGUCUCUCCAAAGUUAGGAACCUCCUAAGCUCCAAACUCCCCCUGGCCCACUCUCAACUUCAAUCUUCAAUGACAGCGGAUCAUGCUCCUGUAGGGCCUCGGGUCUCUCCAUUUGUAUUAUUUGAGGUGCAACCGCAUCCUCCUCCAUUAUCUUCUGCACCUGCCCAGACAGUACAGGUUCAUGAGUUGGUUCUUGAAUGAUUUCUGUAUCAAUGUUCCCUGUUUGUCCACAGUUAUUAACCACAACGGUCAUCAAAUCCAUUUUCUCAUUCAUAAAAUCCAUCUUCUCAUGCAUCUGUUCCAGCAAGGCACUUGUCUUGCAUAGAGCAAGCACCCAAUCUUCCUCCCAGCUCAUCUUUAGUCAAGGUCAGAAGAGACUGAUCCCAUGAUCUUAAUCUCACAGCUGUUGAGUCCUCAAGUAUACUGCAGCAACAAUUUAACAAGCUCCCUCUAGAGGAGACAAUUUCUAUUUGUAUCCAUUUUUUUUUUAAGGCAAGUCCAACAAAGGAAAAUUACUUUCAUUUUCCAGAUAUUUUUCAGAUAUUUUGUUUCUUCAGAAUGCAAAAGGCAACAUUGGAAUCAGUUUGUUUCUCUUCUUUAGCUAUCUGUCAAAGUAUUCCAUUCACAGUCAAUGAACCUCUCCAACAGUUUCUGUCUCUGACACCCCGUUCCCAGGUUAGAGACGGUGGAAACUUAUCCUUCUUCACUCCCUCUCCUGCUAGGGUUAAACAAAGUCCCCCCCCCCUUUUCUCCUGCUUCCAAGGGGUUUCAGUAAUUCUGAAUGAAGGAAAUUUAGACUUUUUUAACAGCUUUCCAGGCUUUAGCUUACAAAGUUUUUGCUUUAGUCUAUAUACAAAAAGCGGAAGGCGGACUUCCUGUUUUGACCCUUCCCGCUUUGAUGCCAAAUUGAAAUAUUUCUUAAUCCAAUUUUCCGUUUCUACUCAUGGGUACUUGUUUUAAAUCCAAUUGUCCACAGGAAAAAGUCAGCGCUCUCCGGCAAUGGCUGUGCGGCUUCACUCCGUGAAAAUAGCAAUCAGUUCGCAGCAAUGCGCCACUCACCCCACUUCGCUCCGGCGCCCCAAAAUGGGGUUCCCGGUGAGUAGGGGGGGCACUCCUGGUGCCCUGCCGAACCCCACAUUCCCAGGCUUCCUCCACCUGGGAUUUCUAGCGGGUCCCCACCUUCGCCGUGGUGGGAAGACCCAGUUUCCACAGAGCCCAUUCCUCCGGUCGGAGGAACUCCGUCAUUCACCGAUGGCGCUGACCCGGAAGUCUUUCAAUUUUGUUGGUUUCAAAGCCAAGACUGAUCAUAUGUCUACUGGUAUCUCAGUUUAGGCUCUUAACCUAAAUUUCAGGGAUAGGACUUUUCACUAUUCUACGUUUUUUCAUAUACCUUCCUUCCUCUUCCUACUCUUUUUCUUGGUUCUUCUGAACUGUCAUCUAUAAGCUCGUAUCAGAAGCAUUUUAAAAUUCUCAAGGUUUCCACAGUCACUUUCUUAAUGGAGAUUCUAGUUUAAGAUUAGUCAUUUGAAGUUUUCAUGUUCCAAUUAUGCUCUAAGGUGCUUUUUAAGGGCAUUUAGCAGGACUGUUUAGAGGGCUCAUUGAAUGUAUUCAGUCUUUCCCACCAUCCCAAUAAGUUUUGUAAUAUGUCUCCUGUUACAGGUAAGGAACAGCAAAAGAAUCAUUAAGAUGCUCCACUGUACAUUAGGGAAGUGAUUUGUGGGUAUAUUAACCCCUUGAGUGUCCUAAUGACCGAUAGAAUUAUACAUUUCAAAGAAAGUGAAAACCCUGCGUUUUCCUCAUGAGAAACACUUUAUCCUUCUGCUGUACCCAAGUUCAGGAACUGUAAAAAUGGUUUCCCUUUGUGUUAGCAGAACUCCAGAAAAUUAAUACAGUUUAUGUAGAUAACUAUGUGGUUCAGAACAUUUCACACUAGCAAAAUAGCCAUUCAUCUCUCACAUUUUUUGUACUGACAAUAUUCAGUUUAUCAUAUAGACUAUCCUUGCACAACAAAGAAGUGCAAUUCUGAAGUUUAUGCCUUGACUGUUGGCAAAAUGACAAAAACUUUCUAAGGGACACAUGGGAAUAUGUUAAAUUGGAUGCAGUGACUCAGAUGUGUGACAUAGAUUUGCACCAUAAUAAAUUCAUAGUUCACUUUUGGUCUCAAUGGGAGCCAAACACUGGAUUUCCAAAUUAAUGUCCUUGGAUAUUGGUAUGAAAAUUUGCAGCAUAUUGCCUUAGAGAAACUUGCACAAAACUUGAAAACUGCUAGGGCACAAAGUUCAGAGGACAAGCUUGUGGCUGUGUGAUAUUGUUUUACUGUAUGCAGUACAGGAGUCAGUGUGUGUGAGAUUGUCCACCACCUGCAACGUGUUUUCACUUGUGAUUACAGUAAUAACUUCAGCCUUGGGAGUACAGUGGGACCUCGGGUUAAGAACUUAAUUUGUUCUGGAGGUCCAUUCUUAACCUGAAACUGUUCUUAACCUGAGGUACCACUUUAGCUAAUGGGGCCUCCUGCUGCCGCCACACCGCCAGCGCGCAAUUACUGUUCUCAUCCUGCAGCAAAGUUCUUAAUCCGAGGUACUAUUUCUGGGUUAGAGGAGUCUGUAACCUGAAGCGUCUGUAACCUGAAGCACCUGUAACCGGAGGGACCACUGUAAUAAGACAGCCUGGAACAUGCAAGAAAGAUACUUGUCUGACAAGGGUUAAAUCAGAGAUAGAAUUUCCACCACAUGUAACUUUUACAUCAGCUAUAAAGUGAUAGCUGAAUGAUGAGAGAAUCCAUAGAUUGAUUUUUUUUAAAAAAGCUGUUUCCUAUCAAGAAGGAAAACAAUUUGCACAAUGCUAAUCAGAACUUGCUCUUACGUUCUUUUUUAAAAAAGGAUGUUUCUCUUAACAAAGGAAAAUGUCACAGUCACACUUUAAUAUCCAGCGUACGAAGAUCAGCAUAGGGUGUGUAUGUGUGUGUGUGUGUGUGUGUGUGUGUGUGUGUUUGAUCACCCUGUGUCUCAAUGCAUAUUUAACACAACAGUAAUGAUUGCCAAAAGAAUGCCUUCUGGAUAGUACCUUAAAAAUAUGCAUUGAGACAAGAUGCAGUAUUUAAAUGCCUCUUUAUCAUAAAACAGCUUGGAAGUUCUGUGAAAGAAUAAUACCAACUAGAGGAUAGUUUAAAGACCAUAAUUGGACUUUAUCCCAGAAAAGGCUAAAUAAAUUGAAAUAUGUUUUAUAUCAUUAUGCAUAUUUUCCUGUGAUAAAAAUAGAUUUAUAUUUCAUAGUAGCACAAGAAAUUGUACAACAGGGGAAUAAUAAUGGAAAGGAAAGGAAGCAAUCAAGAAAGAAAGCAGAAUAUUCCUUAUAUCCCUUUAGAAAGGAAGCAAUAAAUUACUUUUGUGAAUAAUUUCAAAGACUCAAAUAUGGUCCAUGUAUAUCCCAGGUGACAUUUUUUAAAGAAAAAAACAGUCUCAGCCCCCUGUUCGUAUAAAAAAGGUAUAAAACAAUCAUUGGGUUUUUAAUCUAGAGGAAAAAAAUGACUACUGAAAUAUUUACUGUACAAAGUCCUCUUAGAGAGGCCUCUUAUUGAAUAAAGGAACAGUUUCUAAUAAAAAAAAAUUCAUGGUCCACCAGUAAAUUCAAAAUUCCAGCUAAUAUAUAAGUUUCUUUCUCAGACGGGAAACUGUGUUACACCUCUUUAGAUCAUUGGAUCAUGCUUAAUUAAUAAGAGUCAUAUGUUGCAAAAUAAUGGAAUCUGUGAAUAAAUUCCUUUUUCUUCUGCUGAAAGAGUUAUAUGCUCUAAUUUCAAAGGCGAUGGUGCUGAAUGCUGGAACAUCACAUAAUUCUGUAUGGUGAGAUCUGGGGAAAGCAAAAGAGCAGCUCAUUGUUAGCUUUUAGGCCUGGAAUCAGCUACUGCCAUACAGGGCUGCCUUUUCAUUUGUACUUAAAAUUUAAGUGGAAAAUUAAAUAACAGUCCUUUGUUGAUGCAGCCAUUUUAAAGGAACAGAUGGUCAGACAGACACAAUGGUGCUGUGAAUUAAAACUUCGCAGCUUUGACCUGCGCUGACUUAUCAUGCAGGCAUACUGAUAUCCACAGGUAUUUAGAGAAGGCUUUUUUUUAAUAAUAAAAAAAUUAAACUGCUACCUUUAUUGAUUUUAAUUUCCAUUUUUUGAGAUUGAUUUGGGGGAUAGGAAAAAUCUGCACUGUUUUCCCCAGCAGAGGAAACAUAAUUUCCUGUUUGGGUCAUCUUUAUAUCUUGUUUUUGAAAUGCACAAACCUAUCCCAUCAUGUUUUCUCCUCCUUUUUUUGUAAUAAGAUCAAUAGUUUGAAAACUAUUUUUCCUUCUCUGAGUGUGCCUUUAGGGCCCAAAGAGUCGACCUUGUGAAAAUGGUUAUUGCUGUUCUUCAGGCUGCUUUCAUAGGUUCCUUUCUUUAUGUGAGAGGGGGGUGGGAAGUAGCUUUAAGUAUAGGUUUUUAACGGUAUCAAAGGUAAAAAACCUCCACAGUCAAGUUCACUGAAAGUUUCGCUGAGGCUUGUGAACUUAGGCCAAUUUAUGGCAUCUGCUGGAAGUCAGCCAAUAAAUAAUAGCUUCUGCUGAGGCAGGCAUUGAGAUUCCUAUGUAGUUUAUAAAAGGAAAAUUAUAGGGAUGGCGGAUUGGGCCAGAAACUUCAGAUGAACAACUCAUUAUGUCUUCAUAAGACAUGAAUGAUUGUAAGGGGGGGGGGAGGUGGAUUCACGCUCAUAUUGGCAACCCAUUUUAUUUCAUAAACCAAGAAGGAUCAUUUUUACUUCCUAGCUUUCUCCUGGUUAGCCUGCAUCUAUCCAGACUACAUUUCUAUUAUUAUUAUUAUUAUUAUUAUUAUUAUUAUUAUUAUUAUUAUAGUGCUGGUUAUUAGUGCCACACAAGCAUAUGCAAGUGUGAGUUAAGGUGGUCACCUAACUACCUUCUCUCUCUCUCUCUCUCUCUCUCUCUCUCUCUCUCCCCCUUCCUUCUUUUUUCCUUUCUUCAGGGGUGAGGGGCUUCUUAUCAUUUUGCUUUGGUAAUGUAAGGAGUUCUGAGUAUUGUGGGAUGUUGUCCCCAACCCCCACAACAGCAGCCUUCUUGGAAACUGGGGCAUUCCUGGGAUGUAGUAGAUUCCUCUCAAGUUUUAUCUAGAGCACUGUAAGGAGCUAUUCUGGGUGGCAACAUAAUAAGGUGAAUAAGAGGUUUGCUUCCCCUCCCCCCCUCUUGCAGUACAGUCCUUAUGGAGAGCAGUUCAAUUAGCUUUUCUGGAAUUGCUGGGAAUAGCUACUUAGAAUGGUACUAAUUCAUCUACAAAAUAAGAAACAGAAUAUAUGUUAUUUUUUUGGAAAGCUAAACCAUAAGCAACUGGAGAGGCUUAAUAAGAAAUAAUUGGGAAUUUUAAGAUAUGAAUAAGUCAAAAAUCAGGUUUCAUGCUAAGGAAAGAUAAGACAAGUGCAUAAUGAAUGCUGGGUAAAUUAGAGCACAAACUUACCUCACCUGUGCUCCAAGCAGGGCUUGGUGGAGCUGUGGGGCCACCACUGCACUUGCAGACCUGCUGAUUACAGUGGCUACAGUGGAAGCGGGGGGGGGGGGGAGGACAAUUGGAGUUGACUCAAUGCUAUCAUAUUACAGCUAUGAGAACAGCCCAGGAUCCAGUGGUUCCCAGGUUGGUCCAGCUUCAGCCUUCUGGGCCUUCCACUAGCUCCAUUCAGUAAGGAUCCUCCCAUUGGGUCUCUUGCCUGACCUCACAUUUGUCAGGGUUGGCACCAAUUGAGUGAUGCUUGCACUUGUGUGUGUUUUAAUGAUGAUUCUUCUCACAAAGGAAAAUGUCUCUGUUAUACAUUCUUUAAUAUCCAUUGCACAGAUACCUUUUUUAAAAAAAUCACAUUGCAAAUGAGCAGUAAUGACUGCCAAAAUAAUGCCUUCCAGACAGUACCCUUGAAAAUAAGCAUUGAGACAAGAUACAAUAUUUAAAUGCCACUUUAUAUUUUUUUAAAAAUAGUUUGGAAGUUUCAGGGAAAGAUUGUAUUAACUGGAGGACAUUUUAAUGACCAUAACUGGACUUUAAAUUUCAACACAAGAACAUAUGAAGAGUCUCUCUAGAUCAGUGGUUCCCAACCCUUUUUGGCCAUGCCCCACCGAAGCAUAUCUAAAAUCCUGAUUCCCACCCCCCACGUGACAUAGUGAACUCCUGUUCACAUGGAGGAAGCCUAAGAGACCAUUCACUGUUAAAAAUUCAUUCUCAAAUUGCCCCCCUUAAAAAUCAAAUUGCCUCCCUGUGGGGUGUAUGAUUGGGAACCACAGCUCUAGAUGAAACUAAAGGCCCAUCUAGUCUCACAUCCUGUGGCCAACCAGAUGUCUGUUUGUGGACUCCCAUGUGCAUCUGUUUAGCCAACUGUGAGAACAGGUUACUGAACUAGAUGGAUAUUUAGCCUGAUUCAGCAGGGUCUUCUUGUGUUCUUAUGGGAAGCCCAAAAACUGGACCUGAGGGCAACAGGGUUCACCUCUCAUAAGAUGUAGUGAUGGCCACCAACUUACCUAAUCCACUUCUGAAGUCAUCCAAGUUGGUGGCCAUCACUACAUCUUAUGAGAGCAAAUCCCAUAUUUCAUUCUCCAAAGAACAAAGAAGAGCAUAUAUUUGUAAAGAGAAAUGUAACUAUCUGCAUCAUGGCUAGAUGAACUCAUAUAUUGCAUCAACUGCAUAAGUUGUGCUGCUGCUGCAGCUACUAACCUCUUUUUAUAGUUGCAGUUGUGUCUGUUAUCAUGUAUAUAUCUAUCUAUCAUCUAUCUAAAUUGCUAUGGCUAAAAUUGUAAAGUUAGCAUUUUUCUUACUUUCUGCCAUGUCUAGAGACAAUGUAGGUAAUUACCAGAUGAUAGAGAGAGCAACAGGCCACAACAUGCCCUGACCUAUUGUCGUCUAUUGGAAACAAGUUACAAGUUAUGAUUUCUCAGUCACAUCCACUACAUUCAAAAAUUUUAGGAAAGUUUGAUAAAUAUAUGUUAUAUAUAACCACACUUGCCGAAAGUGUUUUCACUGCUUUUCUAGACUAUUUGAAAAAAUGAGAACAACAUAUUAUGUAAUGUAUCACACAAUAAUAGCAAAUAACAGAGUUGAUAAACUGAAGAAGAUAGUUCAGCAUUCUUUUGCAAGCUGACACAUAUGUACACAAAAUCAUUCAAAUUGAGGGGUGAAAUAAAAUAAAAUUUGAUUCUUCAAAUUAAAUGUGUAAAGAAUAUCAUUUCAUGGUGAUAAUUUGCCAACAGAAAAGGGAGAUAAUUUGCAAAAUAUUGCACAGCUUAAUCAAGAUGAAGCCUUUUUAUAGGCUACUUGUUUCCCUUUAUGCUCAUGUGACAAAUAUGUUUUGAAACAUACUUGACAGCACAAUCUUAUGCAUGUUUACUUAGAACUAGGUUCCACUGUGGUCAAUGAAGCUCACUUUCAGGUAAGUGUGCAGAGAAUUACGGUCUCAGUCAUUCACAUAAUACUAAUAUUAUGUCUAGUUUACAGUUUAGAGUUUAGUUUAGAGGUCCUAAGGAAGUCAGACUAUCCUCCACCAGGGCCAGGGCCUUUUCAGUGAUGGCUCCGACCUGGUGGAAUGCUCUGUCCCAUGAGACCAGGGACCUGCAGGAUUUAACUUCUUUCCGCAGGGCCUGUAAGACAGAGCUAUUCCACCUGGCUUUCAAUUUGAACUUAGCCUGAUCUUUUAUUCCUCUUCCUUCCCUCCCUCUCCCCUUUUUAUGAAGAUUACCCGCUCUGGGAUCCCACAGCUAAUUCUCCCCUGGUCUCCUCGCUGGCCCAAAUAGGACUAACUUAGUCAGCUAGCCCUGGUGAUCAUCUAAUGUUUAUUGGAUGGAUUUCCCCCCUAAAUUGAUUUUUGAAUUCUGAAUUUAUUGUUAUUCACGUUUUAUACUGUAUUUUAUGCUGUUUUUUGUUGCAUCAGUUAAGUGUUUUAAGUUUGUUGUUAGCCACCCUGGGCCUAGUGUUCUGAACCGGGAAGGGUGGGGUAUAAAUAAAAAAUUAUUUAUUUAUUUAUUUAUUUAUUUGUUAGUUAGUUAGUUUGAAGUUGCCAUACAACUAAUUUGUAUAUAUAUGAUACUAGUUUGUAAGGUUUGGAAGAGCCUGUUUGGUUUCAGGAUGUAGUGAUGGUCACCAACUUGUAUGGCUUUAAAAGAGGAUUUGACAAGUGCAUGGAGGACAAAGUUAUCCAUGACAGCUAGCCCUUAUGGCCAUGUUCUGCCUCCACUGUUAGAGAUAGUAAGCCUAUGAAUACAAGCUGGAAGCAACCACAUGGGUCAUCUAGUCCAACCCCCUGCAAUGCAGGAUUUUUUUGCCCAAGGUUGGGCUUGAACCUAUGACCCUGAGAUUAAAAGUCUCAUGCUCCACCAACUGAGCUACCCCAGCAUGAAUAUGGAUGAGAGUGAAGGGUGGGGAGUAUGUGGCUGGCUGGCUGGUUUAGUGUGAGUCUGGGUGCAGUGUGUAGAUCAGGCUUCCUCAACCUUGACCCUCCAGAUGUUUUGAGACUACAGGUACCAUCAUCCCUGACUAUUGGUCCUGUUAGCUAGGGAUCAUGGGAGUUGUAGGCCAGAAACAUCUGGAGGGCUGAGGUUGAGGAAGCCUGGUGUAGAUGGACAGAUGUGGACUCACCUGCUUUUGGAUUUGGUCUUGUCCACUGAUGGUUUGUGCCCCUUAGAUUAUUACACAGGAGGGAAAAGAGCAUCCUCCUGAGUUCACCACCCUUGUUCUAAAUACAAAGUAUCCUAGGCCUUAAACACUGAGAGCUUUCCUAAAAUGUUUCCCCUUUUCCAGACAGUAGCAAAUUCUUUUCUAGUACUACAGAAAAUUAAACUCCUUUCAGGUCACUGUGGUGCCAAUAAUAGCUUUACUUUAAAAUAUUUUUGAAUAAUUCAUAAGCACAAGAAUAACAUUCUGACAUUUACCUGAUCUAUCCUAAAGAUUAGACUCUAAUGGGAAACUUGAUCAUAUUCACUAGCAGUUUCUAGGGAACAGUGUGUGAGGGAGGGAGACUCAAGUAGGUCUGAAUGGCAGAUUGAGGCUGUACAUAGAGCUACCGCCUCUUUAGUAAGUUUUAAAGCCAAUGCAGGUGCUUAGGAUAAAACAUUAUGUGCCCCCUUACAUAUCAGUGGCCAGAAAUUAUGACUUGCUCCUUUCUGCAUUAGUUCUGCCUGAACAGAACACAGAUCUGAGGCUGAUGCACAUGUGAGAGAGCUUAUCGCUUGGCAGAUAUUUGCACAGACAAGGUACUGCAGCACAAUGUUUGGAGUUUCCUGUUAACAUGCUAUAUGCCUUUGAAGACACUGCAGGUGGCUCAAAAUUCAGCAACUAGAUAAAACUAGACUGGGACAAAGCAAAUGGAAUUAUGCUGGCUCCCAGCAAGGCCAUCUCAAAACGGAACUCCUUGUCUCAGACAAUCAUUGCCUCCUGUCCCCAGCCUGUCCACUUCUGCUUCUGUCCAUCUAAAGAGCUACCUGUCACUGUUUCAUGGGCUACUGUCACAACUGCCACCACAGGCCAGUCAUUCACCACCCUGACCCAGCAGAUCUGCCGAGGAUCUGCUUAGGCAUUGACACUUUGCUCCUGACACAACCUGCCAACAGCAUAUCUAUGCAGGUGCCUGGAGAGCCAGGUAGCUGUGAUCUGAAGAAAAACACUUCCGUGGGUAAAGGCACUGUGGCAAUGCGGCCAACAUUUCAUUCUAGUAAUGGUGGAGAGGUGAAGAAUACUUAUGUAAAGUUUUGCACAUUACCAGUAUGAAACUGUAAAUAGCAAUUGCCUCUGCAAAGAGGGGUGGUCUCUCUCUGUGCCACCUCGCCCACAAUGCCUCCACCAAGGAAGGCAUUCCUCAGAGUAAAACGUGGGCAACUUGUCCCCAGAGAGCCUUAGAGGGGCCUGCGCUGCCAACCCUGAUGUGCAGCAAAAAAGAAAGAAAGAAAAAGAGGAAGGUGGAGAGGAAAUAAGAGGUGGUGUUGGAGGAAGUUGGCACUCGGGGAGCAGUGGCAACUGGCCCACUUCACCUCAGGUGCAAUCAUGUUCUGGUCCUAUUUCAAAGCACAAUUCAAAAGGUUGGUAUUGACCUAUAAAGUCCUAAAUGACUUAUGACCCAAGUGCUAGAAUCACCUCUUCUUAACAUUAAACUACUUGUACAUUAAAAAUUGUCUGAGAGGCUCUUUUCAUGUUUCAAGCACCAUUAGACACGAGAGGAUGGAAACAAGAAACAGGGCCUUCCAUGCAGUGGUGCCCUGGUUUUGGAAUUUUAUUCUCAGUGAAUUUUGCCAGAAAACAGGUCUGUGAGUUCACAGUUUUGAAUCCACCAGUGUCACAACACAAUGCCCUAGUUGUAUUUCACAGCAAUGGUUUCCCCCCGCCUAUCCAUCUGGCACCUCUGCUGUCCUACUACCCAAAGGCCAUCCUAUAAUACCUUUCCCCUAAAAAUACAAAUAUUAAUCCCCCUCCACACAGAGAUAUGGAUUUGAGAGACAAGCUGACAAAGUGCUUUUUUAUAUCGUCUUUCCCCUUCUUCUUCUUUUCUGAGGAAGAGUUUUAUCAUAGUGUCUCCUUCAGUUUAUUUUUCUCAAGCAAAUAUGCUAACCUAAGUAAUCUUAUGAAAGGCAAACAGAUAAAGCUUGAGAAUGCAGUGCUUAUGAAAAGUCUAUAAGCUCUGUCAAGGAAGUUAUUUGUAUUGACUGGCUAGAGAAAUUAUUGAAACCAAACUAAAUUUGGAACAAAAGAUGCACUGUUGUUGUUGAGUUUGCAAACAACACAACAUUUAAGGGGAUCCAUAAACUAAUGAAAUAGCUCUUUGACAGAAGAGUGUGCUGGCAGUAUAUCAUGAACCACAUUUUAAAGGCUCAGCCAACACAAUCCUUCUAGUUAUGGCGAACAGUUUCUGACUAGCACGGCACCUUCAUAAAUAUAGUCAGGUAUCUAAAAUCAUUAUUUGGACUUUUCCUUCCCUAUAGUGUUGAAUCUAAUAAUGUAGAGCUGUUCAGUUUCUGAUGGCCCCAAUACAUCUUCAUGUUUGCAAAAACCAAGUGGUAAAAAAAAGGGAGUGGGGGGAACCAACACACAAACAUUCACCAGAGAAGCACCAAGGGAAAAUUGUUGUUAAAAACGCAAUCCCUUCUGCUAAACAUGCUUAUCCAUGAGUAAGUCUCAGAAUGAUAGCACUAACAAUGUGUGUGUUUAGGAGCAGAGCCAAAUAAAUAAAGAAGUUAAUCCAUAAUUGUUAUCAGUCCAAAUGAAUGGAACUAAAUCCAACACCCCAAAGGUUUGUGUGGAUGUUUAUUAGAGGCUUGGAUUUGUGUGUUUAUUACUUAAGUUUAUCCAAUGGAGAAGCUGAAAAACAAAGGUUAAGUCAAGGCUACUUCCACAUUCCAUGAAUAAUAGUGGAUAUGCAGAAAUGAAUAUCUUCUUGGAGAAUACAGGAAUGUGCCUGGGCAGUGGGUUGUACUGAAGGAGCUGGUGCAUUAGUGGAUGCUCUUUGCUCCAUCUCUGUCAUUGGAAACCCAAGUAGCCUCUGUGGCAGAGGUCACCCAAUACCAACUUAGGCUGGUACUGUUCGGAGUGAAGCAACAACAUUUGCAACAUUUGGGGGAUGAUAAACAGAAAAGCAAUCUGUUCUUCCUGCUCAGUGAUUUCUUUUAUUCUAGUAACUAUUUGUUGGUAAAUUACAUCCUUUAAGACUUUACUUCCUGUUCCUUCUCAAGCCAAUACAAGUGUUACCAUGUGCUCAUGUUAACUUCCCGGCUCCAUCUUAGCCAUAUGUCCCUUUGCUCUUCUAGGGCAAGUGCCUUUGUGGGCCGACCCCAAGGCCGCUCUUGUGAACCAGCGAAUGGUAGGCCGGAUGCUAAAAUUGGCCAAUGGCGGCAGGGCCUCGUGGGCAUUCCUCUGGGCACAGGAUCAACUGCCCAGUGGUGGCACUUGGCCCCGUACCCAGGGCCAAGAUAAACUGCAGCCUGCCAGGCCAUUCAGCCUACACUUAGAAUAGCUUUGUUUGCCAUGAGUAAUGCUAAUCACAUUUUCUUUAUCCCUUCAACUAGUAGCAUUCCCAGACUACCAUUUCUUUCUGCACACUUAUUCUGUCAUUCUGGUGUUAUAAGGUAUGGUCCUCAGAAGCAGGAGGCAGUGUGCAUGAUGGAUGAAAUAGGUGUGGACCCAGUGAACUGUUUGCCCUGGGCUGACUAGUUUGCCUUCUGAUCCGGGUUUCAUGCAGGAGAAUGCCAGGCACUGAACCUGGGACUCUACCACUGCGCUACAGCUCUUCUUCAUAUAGUAAUUUGGGGCAUGUCAAUUAAAAUAUAUGAAUUGCAGUUUGGGGAAUGCCAUCUGGGAACAGCCACAUCCUAACUGGUAUAAAUAUAUAUACUUCCCAUGUGUAUGGAAUGCAAGGGAAAAAAUGGGAGAUAUUUUCAUGAUGAUAUUUAACAGUUUAAAACUGAGCUAUAAUUAUUUGUUUGAGUAUACCGGUACAUUGUUUGUGUACAAUGAUGAUAUAAUUAUAACAACAAUACUAUUGCUUUAUUAUUUUCCUAAAAGAGGUAGAAAUUAUUUCCCACAGUCACCCUUUGUUUUCUUUCCAUGUUCUUUUUUGGGCUCCCGCCCCCCAAAAAAUUCACUUCAAAAUUUGCUUUAGGUGAUGUUACGCAUUAAAAGAAAAUAUGAUGAAAAUUACCCACAGAUGGUAUUUAACACCUCCCAAACUAGCGAAAAAAGAAAAAGAGAAAUGUUGAAAAUCCAAUGAAGUAGAGGGAUCUUUUUUCCACAUGUGGUGGUCCUGUAAGGUAAUCAGGGAAUUCUGGGAAGUAAUUUACAAUGAAUUUAAAAAUAUAUUUUAAAAAAACCCCAAAGACUUUUCCCCAAAACCUGAAACAUUACUCUUGGGAAUGGUGACAACAAAAGAAUUUAUUAUUAUAUGCCACCACUGUGAAUCGAAUCUUAUUGGUGGAGAACAAGUAUGGUACCCACUAAGGAAGAGUGGCAGUUUAAAAUGCUUGAAUAUGCUGAAUUGUCAGGUAAAACAAAUAGUGUAAGAAAAAAGGUUGAUAAAGAAUAUAGGGACGAUUGGAAAAAGUUUAUUGAAUAUGUUAAGAACCAGUGUAAACAAGUAAUGAACCUAGCGUGUCUUGAGCAAAUCCAGCAGAAUAGGAGCUAAUAGAAAUUUGAAGAAAUAGAAAUAGGAAGACAUCUGAAGAUUAAAAAUUUGGAAUAUACGAAUUAGUAGAAAAGUAAAGAAACCAGGAAAAGGGUGGAAGGGGAGUCACUAGGUAUUAGUUGUAUGUUGUGAUUGGUAUGAAAGUUGUAUAAUUGGUGGGUGGAGGGAAGGGGAUGUGUGUGUGUGUUUUUUGUAAUAAAAAUGCAAAUAAUUUUUUUUUGUAAAGAAAGAAGUAGGCAACAAUAUAGUGAUAAUAUAGCAAUAAGACAGACACGUGGAAAAUUUUGCUAGACCUAUCAAAGCUGUAUUAGCUUCCAUUACAAAUCCUCAGAAAUUUUGCCUAGGUAGGAAGUAUUCUGAUUUCCCUUGAACUUCACUUCAGGCAGAAUUCAGUGCCACUUCUAUGCAGCAAAAGUUUACAAAAGAAAACCAGAACUUUAAUUCACUUUGUUUGAGACAUGAAGUGAAAUUUGUGUUUGUAAAUGUAUCUGCAGAACAGAAAACCAGAAAGCAGUCCUUGAAAUUUGUGUUUCAGCAGAUUAUUUCACAUGUCAAUUUCAACUCUACCACUAUGGAUUUCAAAAAGAAACGUAGUAAUUAAUCUCUCCAGAACAACAAAGGAGAUUGUUGUUGAUAAAAUGACAGAUAAUGACAAAAAUAUUUUCCCAGCUUGUUCACUUGUUCACUUGUAAUAUCUGUUCUGUGUGCCAAAUUCAUUUUCAAUAUUAUUUUACCUCUUAAUUUCAUACCUAAAGAUAUUGCAUAAAUCAAGCAUAAAAGUCAAACUGUGGGUAUAAUAAUACACUAUUUUUGAGAAGUGGCAAUGUUGAGACCUUAAUGAGAUGGCAAUUUGUUUUAAUUGAUCCAGUUUCUGCAUAAAUUACAGGAAUAGUUGUCUACCCUUGGCCUUAUAUUUAUUACUUGACCCAAACAACUCUAGGAGGCCAUUCACUAGGUUCUCAGUGUUUGCGCUUUAAGUACCACAACAGUAACUAUAAAUCCAAACAAACACACAUGUGCAAUACCCUGGCAAAAAGACAUUUUUUUUAAAAAAAAACAACCCUCUCAUUGUUGAAUUGCUCCCAGAUUACUUGGGGUAAAAGUAUUCAUAUGAAUGGGGUAUUUAAUGAGCCAUACUACAAGGUCUCAGGUUCAAUCCGCAUCAUUUCCAGAUAGGCAGCCUCUUCUUUGAAAUUGCUGAACUCUCUGUGAAUUCUCUUACCUUGAGUAAGCAGCUCUGACAUUGGAAGUCAAGGCUGCCCUGAUGGUCUGCUGAACUUCUAUUCCCCAGCAUAGCUAGCAUCCUGUCGGGCUCUGGUACUCACCUAGAAGCCAAGUCUCGAAAUCUCUGCAUCUGAAAGCAAGGCCAAGGCAUCAGCAAUACCAUUUCAUAGUCAUGACUCAUUUAGAGCCACAAAUGAAAUAUAUUCCUUCUGGAACUGCAUUAUGGAAGCAUGAGCAAGUCACAUCACAUGGAAAGUCCAGGGAAGUCUGGGUAUUGCUCUCUGGUACCACAGACCGACUAUCACUCCAAAAAAUUAACUGUGCGGUUAUGAAACAACCCUGACCAGAAUUGAACAGUUACAGCAGUCAGAAAGAAAAUUUUGUUACUGUGAUGUAAUUCCCCACUCUUUCCCAGUUGGUGUGCUCGCCACAGAACUUCACAAACCCUGUCUUUGUUUGUUUCUCUCUUCAUUUUAUUGUUUGUAAUGCCUGCCGUUCUAUACUUGCAAUAAAAUAAACACUAAUAAAGAAGCUAGGUCUCUAAUAAUAUUGUCUGGGAGUCCUGGAAGACCUGCUCCCUGCUCUGCAGGCCUUAUUUCACCCAGCCUGAGAGGGCAAGACCCUGACUGACUUCAGCUACAAAAGCUGAGGCUGCUGAACAGUCUCUUGGGCUUGAGUAUUGUAUAGGGGGUUUUGUCAGGGGGCGGGGCUGUUGUUAUUAAUAUUUUUUUAUUAUUAUUUUGGAUCUUAUUAUGAUCUAUGUGGAAAUGGUUCUGUUUGGUUGUGUAAUUUUUGAUGUUUUAUUUAGUGUUUAUGACUACUUUUGGUAAGUUGCAAUUAUGCAUUAUUUCAUGUUGUAAGCUGCCCUGAGCAUGGUUUGAACUAUGAAAAUGUGUCAUGCAGAUAAAAUUAUGCAUGUAUAUAUGUUUGUAUAUGGGUACACAUAGAGAGAGAGAGGGGAAGAGAAAACAAAUAUGACUUUAUAUAAGAAAUUUAGUUAAAAUUACCGUAAGUUAAGGGAGCAUCAUAAAGAGAGUUGUGUAGAUUCCCCCCCCCCCCCCGGAUCUUGUAGAGGGCUCUUGUAGAGGACUGAACCUUGCAAUUAUUUUGUUUGAAAUUGUACAUAUCUGGUGCCUCUAACUAGGACAAACAUAUGGAUUUUUCUUGUCUGUAGAAAUUUCAUUGUGACUUCUCUCUAAUGCAGCAGUCUCAGAAAGAUUUUAGGAACCUAUUUGUCACCACACUAGGUGACAACAACCCAAAACUAUUUCUCACAGCAUGACAAAUAAUAUCUACCAUUGGAGACGCAGAGGUUGUAUCUCAUUUGUAAAUGUAACAACUAUAAGACAACAGAGCUGAAAUUUCCCACUGAAAGAGCAAAGGGCUUGCUGUACAAUUUCUUUUACACCGCACUAUGCAAAUCUUGUAACGGAAGUGUUGGUAAUUGCAAGCAGUAUGUUUUAAGAUUUAUUUUAUAUGUGCUGUGUGUCAGUGUUGUUUAUCAAUUGUCUUCACAAGCCUGCCAAGAGACAUAUGGGCUUCUUUGGGGUUUUGAUUGUAAGGUGUGUGUGUGUGUGUGUGUGUGUGUGUGUGUGUGUGUUAGUAGACAGAUAUAAAAGGAUCAUACAACAGUUCACACAGGCUUUCUCUUAGCCCCUUUCAAGGAUUCAGUUGAACACUAACUUAUCAGUUGCUCUAAUAAAGAUGAAAUUAUGUUGUUUCCAAGGUGGCAGUUACAGAGCUUUGAGGUUUGGAUGCUCAAAAGUUCUUCAUUUGCCAAAGCUACUCAAUGUUACUGCUAUCCUCUGAUAAGUCUGAUGGCUUGUGGGUCUCAGAACUAAAGUGUUUAGCAACAGGUCAAUCGACUUUUUUUUGUCAGACUUGCCAAUUUGUGGUUUCUAAAACACAUGCAUAGUUUGGCCAUUUAUUAUUGUGAGCCAGUGAAAGACAUCACUCAUAUUGCAUUGCACUCAUGGGAACCUUUUCUGAGUAAAGAUGUUUUGGUUUGGGUUUGACUUAAUGUGAUAACACACCUGUAUUAUUAAUGACCUGUUUAAACCGAUCCAUAAAUGAUAUUGUAACUAUAAAUUAUUUGUCCUAUCUACAAAGGAACUUGUGCCUGCCCAGACAAUUUGGCUGCCAGUAUAUCCCUCUGCUGUUCAGACACCUAUUGAUAUCCACAUAAGACCAAGAGAUGCAAAAAGGGAUCUCAGUGGAAGGUGUGGGGAGGUGGAGAUAUGGGAGGAGGAUGGGGUGUAAACAAAAGCCAAAGAGAGCUCUUGAGAGAAAUAAAUCUUCCAUGUAAUCAUUAACAUUCCAGUGCUCCUGGAUACUAAUAUUCACUGGAAGAAAACAACACAUUCUGUUUGCAGUAUUUACUUUACAGUGUUAUUGAAAUACAAAGGAGAAAUUAAAAUUUUGUAGAUGCUGGUUGAUUUUCCACAAAAAAACUACUUCUCUUGAUAAGCUGCAGGUAACUGGUGACAGAAAGAAUGAGUUUUUGUUUCAGAGUGCUAACUUCAAUCUCCUAACUAUUCAGGCAUAUUUAUAUUUUAUUUUAUUUUAUUUAUAUCUCACCUUUCACUUGACAGGGACUCAAAGAGGCUUACAGAUAACAUGAGAACAGCUAAAAACCUCCACAUCUGUUUCCCUUUUUCUUAGAAGCUCAGGCCAAUGCAACUGAAACCAGGAUGUAGCUCCACUACCCACUUAUUCUUUCCAUUUACCAGACUCAAUAGCCUCUCAGGUCAACUCCUGAGCUCUAUUGACUUACCAAGUGAAAACAAUUGUUUGUGGCUCAGGCUGAAACAAAACUGAGUGGUCCUAGCAGUGGGGUUUAGAGCAAGGCAUAUGCCAGCUGCAUAGGAUCGUCCCUCAUGUGCCAUCCCAUAGCUAGUGAGGUUGCCAUACAUUUAGGCCACAGUAUGCAAAAUCCUAUGAGCCACAGCCUCAGUCUAGUGGCACAGGAGAUUAGGCUGUGUUGAAUCACAGGUUUUUAGUUAGCAUAUUAUUCGGCAAGGUAUACUUUUGUUUCUCCUGCUAAAAUUCAACUGCAAAAUUGCCAUCAGCAGGCCUUCCUUAUCAUCUCAGGAUGAAACUGAACAAUGUUGCGUAUAAGAAGCCAGGAAGAAAAGAAAUCAAAGACCUAGGAGUUCAAACAAAAGCGGUUUCCCAAAUUUCAGCAAGAUCUUUGUGUCUUCAAUGAUCUUUCCCUUCUGUUCUCAUAUAUAUUUGUUUGCUGAUCAGUGUCUAAAUAUUUCUGUUAAAUAUCAGGUGAUAUCAGUUAUUACAGCCUGAACAUGUAGCAACUGCAGAUGGCAGACUAGAUGGAUUUGUAAAACAAAUGCAACCUUUUGUCAUUAUGAAAAUGCAUGUCAUUUGUAAAACAAACACAUCAAAUUACUUUUAUGCUUACUAUACUGUAAGUCAGAACUUAUAGAUGUUCAACAGCAUCAUAAAUGUGACUUAUUUGUUUCAAGGACAUGGAACAAUAGUACAUAUUGAAAAUUGCAAAAGGCAAACUAGAUUGAAUAGGGCAGGUGUGGGGAGGGAAUACAGGGCAAGAUCCAGUAAAAGAUAACAUUUUAACUCUAAUUAACCUUAAUGAGGCAUAUGCAGGCAUAUGCUUAAAUCUUCCGCUGAAAGUGAAGGGACUUUAUUGCAUAGUUUUGGCUAGAUUGUGGAAACAGUUCUCAUCAACUCCUAUGCUUUUUUCUGAAAAUCAUAACUGUUCUUAAACAUAAAAAUAUUUUACCCAUCACAGUCUUCAUAACUAUUAACUCAUUACUGCUUCUGGGGAGAGAGUGGGGGGAAUUUUCAUUCUUCCGAACACAUACAAUGAAUACAUCAGAGAUGGAGAGAUGGUGACUCUCCUGAUGUUGUUGAAGCCCAACUCUCAUCAUCCCUGCUCUGCUGCCAUUGCCACAGCACACUGAUGCUUCCAUUUCAGCCUCAGCAGUGUCAGGAGAAGGGAAGAACCAGAAGAGCAGGACUGCUGCUGGAGAGCUGUCCUUCCCUGUCCCAGUUGUUCCUCUGCAACUAACCUGGAUGCAAUUUAGGUGAGCUGUAAGGGGGAAGUGUGUAGUUUGGGUGACAAUGUCAAGGGAAGGGGGUGGAUUUGGUGAGGUGUAAAAGGUGGGUGAGGAGGUUUGGUGAGGGGGUGAGGAUCUGGCAGGGCUUUGGCAAUGCAACAUGUCAGCAUUGUCAGGCUUAAGCUGAUAAGCCUCAAUAUGACAAUAAUGAGAGGGCCUCCUCUGUACAUCAUUCAGGCAUGUGGGCAGUGAAAAGCAAACAGCAACAUCAGGGAGUCAGGGUUAUGUUGCCCAUGCAAGAAGACUGGUCCUCAGUGUGGUACCAAGCACAUACCUACUGAGUUUGGGAGGGAUGACUAUAACCAGUCCUGGGAUGGGGAACUUGAGGCCCCAAUAUGUUUUUGAACUAUAGUUCCCAUCAUCCCUGACCAUGGACCAUGCUGAUGGGAGUUGGAGUCCAACAACAUAAGGUUCCCCAUAAUGUUGCAUAUCAGAUAGACACAUUGCAAAAGCUGUGACCUAUUUUUCAACCUUUUCACAGUCUCAUGUAUUAAUAAGUGGGAUGUGGGCAUAAUAUAUAAGCGUAAGUUGCAGGUGUGCAGGAACUAUUUUGCUCAUCUCAAUAUAUUUUUGCAUAGGAUUAAAAUUAUGUGAAAAAAGCUUCUAUCUUCCUGCUGUUCUUGAGAAUUAACCUCUAACUACUAUUCACCCUCCUGCCUCAGUCACAUCAUUGUUUUAUAAAUCAUCAAUGUUCUGCAACAUGCAUCUCAAGAAGGCAUCAUCAAUUGCUUUUUAUUUUGACCGUUGUUACACAUUUAUUUUCUCUUCAUUGUUUGCAGCAAUUUGAAGCUGGAAAAUGCAAUUUCUUGAGUAUUGAUUUUGUCCUUUUCCAUUUAGUAAGCUAAGACCCUAAAUACACAAAUAUCUAUGCACGUUUCUUCCCAUCAGUAAUCUGAGAAUAUAUCUUACAAAUGGAGACAUGCAAAAAGAUGCAGAUGGUUUUCUCUCACUUUCUCGGCACUUUGCUCUCAUUUCUAGUGAUGUUGCAAGAAUUUUCAUUUACCUGGUUUGGAAUGCAUAUUUUCCUAGCUGAUGAUUCCUGGAUAUGCAAUACAAAUCAAAUGUUAUUUUCCUCAGAAGCUCUAAUAUGACUCAGAAUACAAAACAAGCAUCCUCAUACACAGAGGCCUACACUGCUUUUAUAAUCUGUGGUGGCAAUCCUAUGGCCCUUCAGAGGGCAUCUCAGGGACUAUAAUAUAUAUUGGUUCUUCUUUUUCCAAUGAUAUACAUACAUAGAGAGUAAGAAAGUGAGAGCAUUGUUAUCAGAGAGGAAGAGUGCGAGACAAGGAGAUACAGUGUUGGAUUCCUCCUCCUUGCCGCAAUGGGAACUUUCAAUGCUGUGGCCCAGUUGAUAUUGGAGCUCUGAUGUUGGUAAGGGCAAAAGGAGAGGGGGUGUCAGGGUCAUUUGGGUCAUACCAGUGAAAGAUCAGGAAACAACUUUGAUCCAAAGGCUCCAAAGCCAUCUCUGUCAGCUGACAAGCUUCAAACCAAGCAAAGGUUUAGACCCAAGCUUUCUCUGGUUACCCUUGCAUUGCUCUCAAUUGGGAGGAAAAGUAUUUUAUUAAAAAUGGAUGGAAAACUGCAAGAAUGGUCCUCUAACCUCAGUAAUGUGCUUCAAAUAUGAUGCCAGCAGAGCUUAGGAUAUGAUGAUUGAACCAUCUUCCUUUCCUCAUUGCUAAUAUUGGGAUUGCAGUUGUGUGGGGUUUUGUUUUUGUUUUUUUUUUGUCCAGGCAACAUCUGCUGCUUUGACAGGGUUAAGGAACCACAACCAAAGGAGGACUUUUGAGAUUGAAGGUAGGAAGAGUUUCUAACCACAGGAAAAGGCUUUUCAGGUGCCACCAUUCCACAUUAAUAAGCAUACACCCUGGACAUUUUAAAAAUUUCCUCUGAAGAACAUCAGUGUGUUGAUUCUGUUGGGGAGGGUCCUCAACUUUUUCAUAACCAUAAUAUGUCUGUACAUAAUUUGCACACACUGCAGUUUAGGCAAGACGCAUAACUGGUGCACAGCUAUAUUAUCUAUCCUACAUGGAACUUGACCCCAGGAUGUGAUUUUCAGCUGCAAGGGAAACAUUAUCUCUUUCUCUUUCUUUCUCUCGUUCUCUCUCAUAUUGCAUAAUCAUGACUGCAUUAUUUAAAAUUAUAUGAGCAAGGGGUAGGCUAAAGGCUGCAUUUUAAAUACUUGCAUGUGCAUCUUUAAAACUUUACUAACAGAUUUUGUACAUUUCAAUUAAGAUGUAUUGUGGAAAUGGCUAAGUGUCACAGAUGGUAAUACUGCUGGGGCUACUUCAGCGUUUUGAUUACAGUUUGCACAAUAUGGUACUUUUUAUGCAUUUAAAAGUCAUAAAAUUUUAUUAAAAGAAAGUGAAACAGAGAUAUGUUUUGAUCUGCAAAAAUGCAAAAGCUGCUCAGCUGAUUACUGUACACUUCUAGGUUUCGUGUAAAUAAAGGCCAUGAUUAACUAGAUGCAGAAAGAUUGGAAGCAACAUUCAGUACAAACAGGACAAACUGUUAUGUCUUCUUGCAACCCCCACCCCCCCACCCCCAAGAAAGAAAUGUAUUGGAGACCUGCCAUGUAUUGUGCUGGCUGGCAAGGAAAAAAACCUUAUACUGCUAAGUCCAUGAGUAAGCAAACUAAGGCCCGGGGGCUGGAUCCAGUCCAAUCGCCUUCUAAAUCCAACCCGCUGACGGUCCAGGAAUCAGCGUGUUUUUACAUGAGUAGAAUGUGUCCUUUUCUUUAAAAUGCAUCUCUGGGUUAUUUGUGGGGCAUAGGAAUUUGCUCAUUUUCCCCCCUUCAAAAUAUAGUCCGGCCCCCCACAAGGUCUGUGGGACAGUGGACCAGCCCCCUGCUGAAAAAGUUUGCUGACCCCUGGCUAAGUCCAUAGUAGAAUUAGAAUUCAGUAGUAACCCCUUCUUCUCUGCCUCUUUUGUCUUCUCUUCCACCUCUUUUUUCUUCACUAGCAUCCUGCAUAAAAUAA